AUGGCGGAGCAACUACUGGGCGCAGGAUUGGAGGCCUGAUUUUGCCCAAUAACGGGACCAGCCCAUUAUUCACUAUGAAGCAUGUCACUAUUAUUUGCAGUGCAUAUAAAAAUGCAGGUUACAAAAGUUUGAGUGCUGCCAUAAAAAGUUAAAGCGAGUCAUUGUAAGAUUGCAAUUAAUUGGAAAUGAUAUAAAGCGCAGGUUACUUUUACUUUAAAAAACCAGAUAAACGUGUAAUUAUCCCUGCAGCAGCGUCACACGUAGUUGCCCCCCGGGUGGAGGUCCCGUCCCUCAAGCACUUCUUGAGGGCGAGUGCUAAAAUCUCUACGAAAAGUGGUGCUCCACGGGGAAAAAAUUCUAGUUUGAAGGGGCCACUGUGAGAAGCACCACCUUCAGAGUGUUGCUACUGAGGCGUCUGCGCUCUUUCAAACGGAUUCAUCCCGCUCUUUUCAUUGCGCCGGGAGCUCUUGCGGGUACAGGAAUGAUGGGGGGCGGAGGCAGAAAAGGGGCGCCGUCAGAGGGGGGGUGGCGAGCGCGUCUCCCGGGACGGGCCAAUUCGGAAGCCUUCGUGCGCGCACGUAAGGGCAGAGGGAAAGCGUGGCUGGAUCCGGUCCCAGGCCCACCUCGCGCGGCAGCCUAUUCUGGCGGCGCCCGCAGGAGGCCCCAGAGGAGCGCGGAACUCCCUGGGCGCCGCCGCGGCGCUUCUCAAUCGCGCUGGGUCCGCGCGAAGGUGCCGGCGGGCGCAGCGCCUCUUCCUCAGCAUCCUCCGGAGCCCCGGCCGCAGGCGGGGGAGAGGCGAGGCGAGGGCGGCGGCGGCGGCGCGCUGGAGUGGCGGGGCCCGGCGCCAAUCCCGACGAGCGCGGCGCGCUUCAAGGCGCUGGGAGGCGGAGCUGCGCCGCAGCCCGGCGGGGAGGAGCGCGGAGCCGAGCCCAGCGCAGCGCGGCGCAGCACAGCCUGGCAGGCGGCGCGCCCGCCGCCCGCCCCGCUCCCUCUGCCGGCGCCAGGCUGCCUCGGGACCCUCGGCUUCCCCCAAGGCAAGUGGACGCGGCCAGGAGGGGCGGCGGGGGCCCCGGGCAGCGGCAGGAGACGCCCGGGAGCAGCGGGCAGCCGCGGGCAGCCGCGUGGGCUGGGGGCUCGGCGGGCGGCGGAGACGACCUGCCCCGCGAGUGGCGAAGGGCUCGGCCCGGACCCCGGGCGCGCAGGUGCGCCUCGCCCGGCGGGCAGGAAGGCGUCGCCCGCCCGCCAGGGAGCCACCCUGCUGCCGCUGCCGCAUCCUUCCUGCCAGAGGAUGCCGGCAGUCGCUUGCUUCGCGCAGGGCGCACCCGCCCCAGACGGGGGGAGGGAAGGAGGGCUCCCCUCUCUGCGCCCCUCUUUUCGAGGGGGACCCGCUGCGCUUCCCGGGGUGCGGCGGCCUGGCGAGCCUGCGCUGCUCCUGGAAACGAGCCCCCGGCUAAUCCGCGGGUCAAGUGCGGGCAUAGGCGGCCCACCCGGCGCUGCCUCGCCUCCUCCGCCACCUGGUUCGCACCGGCGGGGCUGGAGGGGCCUUGCUCCCGAGGGAAGGGCAAGGGGCCCGGCAGCGCCCCUCGGAGGCAGCCCCCGCGCCCGGCCUGGCUGCUUCGGGGAGGGGCGCCCGGGGCCGGGUGGUCGCGGGUGCCGCCGACCCGAAUCCGCUGCUGGUCCCGCGCGGGAGCGGAGCCUUCUCUGGAGAGAGCCAGAGCCGGAUGGGGUCGGGUGCUCGGAUCCCAAACUUCUCCUGAGAAAACAGUAUUGUUUCUGAUCUGCAGAAUGAUUCAUGAGGGACCAAGGAUAUGUGUGAAGAUUUUAUUUUCACUCUGAAGUGGUCGCAGACUGAGAUAUGAGAAGUGGUGCUUCAAAGUGGAGUGUUUACACUUCACCUCAUCCAAAUUGUCCCCACCCCCCAAAAGCUGUUUGUUUUUCUGGAGAAGCUGUACAAUAUUGGUACAUAGCGGUUGGCGGGAGGGGGGUUUAGACUGGGCAGAGGGAAAGACUUGAUGAGGGUCCCAGUGACUGCUUUUAAGUAAAAAUCAAAGCAUCAGGAGUUAAGGAUCUCACGGACCCUGUAAGUUGUCACCAAGAGUUUAGUUUGAUGUUGCAAGGCAUAUAGAGACCUUUUUAUGAGGAAGUGUGUGCGUUUUGAGUUCAGUGUAGCUUUAGGAUCGCAGGGUCAGUCAUUGGAACGCCUCCCAUACAAACUGACAAAGUUUUGAAUUUCAAUUAGUACUAUUAACUUCAGAAGAGGCCCUUUUUUGCUCCCACUGAACUGUGUUGUGUGAUGGCAACUCUUAUGUAAUACAGUGUCAUGCAGAUUUUUUAAAUAAAUGGCGGUUUUAAAAUAAUUUUGCAGACUUUGCUGAGGGUACUGAUUUUCUUUUUGCACUUCCUUACAGUUUGCUUUUUGUUUUGUCUUUUAACAUAUUAAUGGUCCACAAAUGUGGAGUCUGUAUCCUGAGUUCUGCAAUCGGUCUUCAGAUUUUAGGCCUCUGUGACCACACAGAUUUAUGGAAGGCAUGGAUACUUGCUUUAAUUGAAAUUAGUGGCUUCUAAGGUCUAUUAGUAUCCAGUCAGAGAUGCUGUAUUGCCAGCCAUUUUUUUCUUUUAAGUGCUACUUGCUUUUAAAAUAGCACUUAAUGAACCCAGUGUCUAAAAUGACAUCAGCGGUGAGAUGUAUAUUUGAACUUUACGUUCAUUUCCCUUGUGCUUUACACAUCCAUUUACUGCAAAGUAGUCCAGUGAAAGAAAUUGUGAGUUACCGUACUUAAUAUCCUUGUGGUAUGAAGUGCAUCUUGGUACACAUGGUGAAUGUUACCUGAUUUAGGUUUUAGUUCUUAUUUAAUUUUUAUGUUUUUGACCAAACUGAUUGCACAGCACUGCUCCCCCAUUCUUGUUCUGCUGUUCGUUCUAAAUUGCACACUACUGUAUUCGUGUUGGCUUCUCAAAAAUUUUGUGACAACCUAAAUUGUGGCGGGGGGGGGGGGAAAUGCUUAGGUACCACUUGAACAAUAAGAAUUACAGUUGUACCUUGGUUCCUGAACGCCUUUUUACUCAGACGUUUUGGCUCUUGAACGCCACAAACCCAGAAGUGAGUGUUCCAGUUUGCGAACGUUCUUUGGAAUCCGAACGAUCGAUGGGAGCUUCCUGCAGCCAAUCAGAAGCCGCACUUUGGUUUCCAAAUGUUUUGGAAGUCAAACGGACUUCCAGAACGGAUUCCGUUUGGCUUUCAAGGUACGACUGUAGCUGAAUAUUCUGUUGUAAAGUGAAUUUUACUUUGCAAAGUGUAAAUGUAUUUUUACUUGGCGCAUGCAUAAAUAACAGCAGCAAAGUUAGGCUGAAUGAGAUGAAUGUCUAUUUAGUCCAGCAGUGGUCAGCCAGAUUCCUCUGGAAAGCUCUCAAGAAAAGGAUGAGGGCAAUGGUCCUACCCUGCUCCCAGAAUUUACAGCAGAGGUGUGGGAGCUCCAGUCUACAUUAUGCCAUUAAUUCUAAGCUCAACUUUUAGAAAGACGGCCUGUCUAGGAGCCAUUCCAUUUAUCUUGGAAAUUAUACUUCUGAAUCCUGAGCACAUAGGAACAUUACAUUUGUAUUGUUGUUCUUUGGGAUACAGAAGUAAAAUUCAUGGAAAUUUUGUAGACAUGGGUAAAAAAAACCCUGUUUCCAUUGUUUUCUAAAGAUAGUGUGCUUGGGGGGUCUUUCAUGGCUUAGAAAAUAUUUCCAGUUAUUUCCAAAGUGAGAGUAAGUUUGCAUCAUCCAGGGGUGAGGGACCCAAGGAUGUACUGAGGUCACAGUAUGAACUGUGUGAUUUACUGACAGACACGCUGUGUGACAUAUGUACUAUAUUCCACUACUUGCAGCAUUCAUAUUGAACAUAGAACUUGUUUUUUGCUCAAGUUUAUUUAGGCCCCAUCAGUACCUGUCAUGUAGCUCUGCUUGUGGUUAAUGUCUGGUUUUUGUGUACAAUGCAUUACUUUUUGUGUAAUGAGAAGUUUGGGGCUUAAACCUGCCUGCAUGACCUAACCCUAACCCUUUCGGAUGCUGAAAGCUGAGGACUGAGCUGAGGCUUAACAGUGGAUGAAGCAGCACUCCUCACACACAACUCAUGUGUGGAAUUGCAAGCAUACAAUAAACCUCUCGAACAUCCAAGGCUGAAUUAAAUGGUGUGACUUGCUCUGCAGUGCACCCUCCCCCUGUAGAAAUCCCUUUUAAAAGUCAUUUAAAAAAUUAUCUCCCUAAAAAAGAAAAGGAAAUGAUCGCUGUUGCUGCUGCUGCUGCUGCUGUUUGAGUCCCCAGUUCCUGUGCUUGUGCCUUGUAGUCAGCCAUAGAAAAAUCAGUUUUGGACUGGGACAAUUUGGCAUGGGGACAGCUUUGAAUGUGGACACUUCUGCUGUUGGUGUUUUUUCAGUGGUAAAGUAGAGGGGGAAUGCAGUUGAGGGCAGCUUGGGAACCUUUUUCAGAGCAGGAUUGAUGUCAUCUGCAAGAGUGGCAGGUCAGUUGACAGAUGAGAAUUUGAAGUUUGUGGCCAAUGACAGGAUCCCCUGUCCCCGCUGGUGAGCUUCCUCCUCCGUUCAAAUUUUCCUGAACUGUAGAGAAUGCAAGAGCAGGGGCAGCAUCUGCUCAGAAGCACUUGCCCAGUUUUUUAUUAGGCAAACAAACCUCUGCUAGGUGUGCCAUGGCAAGGGCCAAGGAAGAUUCACAUUGUAAUCAGUAAGCUGAGGGACCUGUUACCGCUUGGCUGAGAUCCCUGCGAGGGUGGACAUCCCUCUUCUUGGCUGACUGUGUCUUCAGUGGAGUUGAUACACAGGGAGGAGUGAAGCCACAUCAAUGAGGGUUUGUCUCGUGAGUGUAAUUCGUUAACAGUUGUGUGCAUGGAGAAUUUGCUCAGGAAAAUGAGUCCUGGUCACCCUAUGCUUGUGAGAGAGCUACUUUGAGCAGAGUAGUUACCUUACCAUUUUUGUGUACUUUGCGUUUAAAGCAUUAAAUUUGGCCAUAGACAUGCAGUGAUUGUGCCCAAACCUUUUGUGACCUAUCCAUCCUCACAUCCACCCAGCUUUGAAUUUUUUACACUGAUCACUUACAAACUUAUAUUCUUUAUAUCAAGCAACUUGCACUAAUAAUAAUAAUAAUAAUAAUAAUAAUAAUAAUAAUUUAUUAUUUAUACCUCACCCAUCUGGCUGGGCUUCCCCAGCCACUCUGGGUGGCUUCCAACAAAAUAUUAAAAUACAGUAAUGCAUCAAACAUUAAAAGCUUCCCUUCAGAUGUAUUCUGAAAGUCUGGUAGUUGUUGUUCUCUUUGACAUCUGGUGGGAGGGCGUUCCACAGGGCGGGCACCACUACCGAGAAGGCCCUCUACCUGGUUCCCUGUAACUUCACUUCUUGCCGUGAGGGAACCGCCAGAAGGCCCUUGAAGCUGGACCUCAGUGUCCGGGUAGAACAAUGGGGGUGGAGACACUCCUUCAGGUAUACUGGACCAAAGUUGUUUAGGGCUUUAAAGGUCAACACCAACACUUUGAAUUGUGCUUGGAAAUGUACUAGUGAUUUGUAAGGUGCCAGUUGAACUAAAUGACAAAUAUAAAAUAGUUUUAUAUGCAAUGAACAAACAAAGGUGUGCAGAUUCACAAUGCAAUAUGAAAUCUUGUAGCAUCACAUAGGCAUACAAAUAUGGAAGGUGGAGCAAGCUUGUUCUCUCCUGUCCUGGAGGGUAGGACUCAAACCAAUGGCUACAAGAAAGGAGAUUCCAGCUAAACAUCAGGAAGAACUUUCUGACAGUAAGAGCUGCCCCACAGUGGAACAGACUCAAGAGAAAUUAUUGACUCUCCUUCCUUGGUGGUUUUUUAAGCAGAGGUUGGAUGGUCCUCUGUCAUGGAUGCUUAAGUUGAGAUUCCUGCAUUGCAGGGGGUUGGACUAGAUGACCCUUGGGCUCCCUUCCAACUCUACAAUUCUAUGAUUCUAAGUAGUUCACUGAAAAUUUUUGUUUGCAGCCAGUGAUGCAGCUAGGCAACUUUAGACCCUGAAAUUAAUGCUUGUAUAAUGCCCCCCUUUAGAUAGGAGACCUAUAAGCCUAUUACUUCACUUGUGGAGCAUAUAAUUAAUGCCUCUUUACAAUGUGUUCUAUAACCAUUUCUACAUUCCUUAAAUGUUGUGGGGUGGGGAGUUUGCCAACCCAGUGUGCAGUUUUGCAUUUUAAGAUCGGUUAGACUGCCAGAAUAAAAUGGAGCUUGGUUUGGCUGCCAUGAUGCUUAGCACAUUUACUUUGGAAUAAACACUUUUAUUUUAGAAUAGGAUAAUAUAAAUUUUAAAGUAAAAAUAAUAUCAACAUCUUAUUAUUGCUUUUUACAGCUACGGAGCAGCCGUCACAUGGUUUUACAGCUGCCCUAUAGCUAUAAAAGAUUUUUUAAGAUGAGAAAGAAUGCUGUGGUGACCAUGUUGGCUCCCGAGGGCUUGGCAUGCACAUGCCAGCCGAAGUACUGGAUGCUAAUUUGCUGGUGCCCCCAUCUUCUGCCACUUUCAUGUUCUGUGGGCCCAGGAUUUCAUCUCAUGAACCUUUUUUAUAGUUGUUUGUGAGUGUCAUCAAGCAGGUAGAUAUUCACAGAGCUGAUCUGGUUUGUAUUAUGUAGUUUCAAAAAGCUUUCAGAGUACCUCACCAAAGUUUUCAGAGUGAGUUUAGCUGUCAUGAAAUAAGAAGGCAGGUCCUCUUAGGGUCAUGAGUUAGAAAGAAAAAAAAAGCUGAGAGCAAGAAUAAAUAUGUAGUUCUGCCAGUGAACAGAUCAAGAAAGUGAAGUCCCCAAAAUGGUUAGGUUGGGAGUUGUGCAUAUUACCUUGUUUAAUGAUCUGUAGUUAGGGCUUAGCAAUGAGAUGGCCAUGUUUGUUGACACCAGAUUGUUAAAGGUGAUUAAAACAAGGGAGCUGAAAGGAGCUAUCAAAGGAGGUCUCCCAACUAGGUGAAAUGGCAAAUGCAAUUCAGUAUAAGCAAGAAUUAAGUGAUGCGCAAUGAGACCCGCCCUCCAAAUACUUAUUUAACACAUGCUAACAGUAUUUAGGGACGCGGGUGGCGCUGUGGGUUAAACCACAGAGCCUAGGGCUUGCCGAUCAGAAGGUCGGCGGUUCGAAUCCCCGUGACGGGGUGAGCUCCCAUUGCUCAGUCCCUGCUCCUGCCAACCUAGCUGUUUGAAAGCAUGUCACAGUGCAAGUAGAUGAAUAGGUACCACUCCGGCGGGAAGGUAAACGGCGUUUCCGUGCGCUGCUCUGGUUCGCCAGAAGUGACUUAGUCAUGCUGGCCACAAGACCCGGAAGCUGUACACCGGCUCCCUCGGCCAGUAAAGCGAGAUGAGCACCGCAACCCCAGAGUCGGCCACGACUGGACCUAAUGGUCAGGGGUCCCUUUACCUUUACCUUUAACAGUAUUUAGGAAAGAAAUUGAAAACAAAACUUCCAAUAAUGCUGUGAUACAAAUCUAUGGUGCGACCACUACUCUGGCCACCUCACGUGAAAAAGGAUCCUGCAGAGCUGGAAAAGCUUCAGAACGGGCGCAAUCAAAAUGAUCAAGGGGAAGGAGCCACACCCCCUACGAGAAAAGGUUACAACAUUCGGGCCUUUUUAGUUUCGAGAAAAGGUGAGUAAGAGGAAACAUGAUAGAAAUGUAUAAAGUCUUCUAGGUGUAGAGAAAAUGGAUAGAGGGGGAAAAUAGCUGCCUGCUUCUCCCCCUGACUCCAGCUUGGCCCUUGAGACCCGGGAGGGAGGCCCUUCUCGUGGCCCUACAGCGACCCAAGAUACAACCGUCUCUGCUUUGCCUACGUAGCUCCUUGCCGUCAGAGGUCCUCCAAGUAUCUUUGGUAUUUGGGCUUGGAUGUCGCCAUUUAUUUCAUGCUGUGAACUGCUCAUUUAAAAAUUCAGGAGUGGUCAGUAAAUAAAAGAUGUAAUUUUCAGCUUGUUCUGCCUUCAGAGAGAAAACAGAUAUGUGAGUUCAGGCACGAGGGGCAUUCUUAAAAUGGCAGAAGACUUUCUUUCUUAGCAGUGGUUGGGGACUCCUUGCCUGCCACUUCCACUUCUUCAGUCUAUCUAAUUCAGCUCAUGGAUGGGAUGCCCCUCCACUUGAACUCUUUAUGCCUUCAUUGGAGGAUCUCUUCCCACAUUACAGAUUGAUGGGUGCCAAUCUGUUGCUAGAUCUUUGGCCGGUGGCCCUGAGAGCAAGGAAACUCACUGACUUCAGACACAGGCAACAGGAGUGAUGUUGAUCAGCUGGGACAGAAAGUAGUAUUAUUUGCCCUGCAGGUAUUGGAUUUGUCAUUUUCUGUUUGCGGUUUAGGUAUCCUGUCUAUUUUUAGCUAAGCGUACGUUAAGCUUCUUGGUAACUUAAGGACAGUUUGUUUCUCUUGCAACCUUUUGUAACCUGAGUUCUAGUAUAUUACCUUUGGUGUUUCCCCCACUAUUGAACUAUUAUUUUUUUAGGACUGCAGUAUGCUUCUAGAACACAUAUGUGUUCAAUACCUGUUGUAAAUCAAAUGUACCUGAAUUGAAUAUAGCAGCAGAAUUCCUUUCUUGAGGAACUUGCCAGGGCUAGUGGUAGCAAAUAUUCAGAAACAAGUGUGAGGAUAUUUCCAUUUUUUGUAAGUAUAAAUUGAUUUGGUGUCAAUUUUUAGACAUUUGCUUUAUUCUAUUCUGUUGCACCUUGGAUAAAAUGUGUUGGGGAUCCUGGUUUCCCACAGUAAGGGCUGGUAAUGAGAAAUUCCAGGGGUGCCACUAACUGGAUUUAUGACAUUUGUACAAUAUUUGAUUUAUGUACAAAUUAUACACAUAAUCCUUUCUCUUUCAACUCUGUCUUUGCCAGCUCAAUAUGCCUCUUAAUUUCUCCAUCCAUGGCUUCAUUCCACUCCUCCUCCAACACAACUCAGCCACUUGGAUGUUUUAUUUCUCUAGACCAGGGUUUCCCAAACUUGGGUUUCCAGCUGUUUUUAGUCUACAACUCCCAUCAUCCCUAGUUAGCAGGACCAGAGGUCAAGGAUGUUUGGGAAUUGUAGUCCAACAACAGCUGGAGACCCAAGUUUGGGGAACCCUGCUCUAGAGACCUGUGCAAAGGUCUUUUCCAUUUCAUCAUCCACUGCCUCCAACUUUACCAUUGCCAGAGCAGCAGAUAUUGCCAGCCUUCAUGUCACGUUUGCAGACAGCUUUGUAACGCACUCUGCCAACAGGCCUGGUGCCUAAAGCCAGCUGUCCAUAGAGCACGCCCUUGGGAAUCCUUCCAUCCUCCAUUCUGUGGACAUGACCAAGCCAGCGUAGACUUUGCUAAGACAGGAGGUGAACAUGCUGGGAAGUGGGCUUGGAGGAGCACAUCUUUGUUUGAUAACAGGCUCCAUGUCCUCAAUGCCAGCCUCAAACCAGUUGGGGAUCUGCUGCUAUAUUUUGCCCAAGAGGGCACAGCUGUGUUCUAGGUUGCCUCUUUGAUGUAGUUCCACCUUGCUUCAUUGCUAUCUCUUGGGCAGUUCAGUACAGCUUGUUCAACGGUAUCAGAGAAGCGUUCACAAAGUUCAGGUACGACUGUUCUGUUAGUGUUGAUUCCAAGCUGGCGUGUGUCCCAGGGGCGUGGUGCACCACCCACAAGGGCAUGGCGCGUGUCCUGAGGGUGUGGUACGCCACCCACCGGGGCGUGGUGUGCGUCUGGGGGCGUGGCACGCCGCCUGCGGGGACGUGGAUGGGGGCAGCCGCGAUGGCACCCCACCGGGAUCGCGCUGCCAGAGGCUUUGCGCUCCUCCCGCACUCCUCUUCCUUCGCCAGUGCCCCCCUGUGAAGACGAGAGGAGGGCGAAAAAGCUGGUUCCUUUUUUAAAAAAAUAUUUUAUUAAAACUUUUCAAAACACAAUAAAAGACCAGGACGAAGCAGAGGCAGAAACAAAUAAGACAGAAAGAAUAUUAAAGGAAAUAAUAACCGAAUAAAAAGAUAAAGAAAAAGCUAAGAAAAAAGAAAAAGGCAAUAAGUAAAAGUGACUUCCAACUAUCCAUCUGUCAGUUAUAUAUACAAGAGUUCCUCAAAAUAAUUGAAUGUUCAAUCCCGAGUAAUAUCCAGCUAUUCCUUUGCUAGCUGAAGUUUUCCCAGUCUUCUGUCUGGGCACCUUAAGUUCAUUCAUUUUCCUUUCUAACCAAGAAGUCCAAAAGAGCUUCUCCAAUGAUUAUUAUAAGUAAAGGUCAGCAGUAGUCUUCCUCCCGACUCACAUCCCAGCUUUAUCUCCAAUAUUAAAAAAAAGCAGGCCUUAUUUUUUUUAUUCCUCAAGAGUUUCUUUGCUGUGGUUAUAUAAUAAAACAAUAAUCUAUCAUUGGUUACUAAUUGUAUAGGCAUUAAUUCACACCCAAAUUCAUAUAUAAAUCUUCCAAUUCCCUUUCCUGUUGGCCAUGUGUUACAUCCUUAUCUUUUUUAAAAAAAGUUUCAGUUUCUUGCUUUUCCGUUCUUUUUCCAGAAGUGUUGCAGGAGGCUUAGUGGCUUUUUCCUCUGAGUUCAUUCCAAAUUGCACACAGAGUCCUUUCUUCUCCAACAUCAUAGCUUCAACUUUACCUUGCUCUACUCCUUCAAGCAUCAGUAUGGAACCAUCCUCUAGGACUGGCCAAGCUUCAUCAAUAUUUUUUCCAAGAGCUAUAAAUCUUCAGCCAUCUGUAUGGAACCAUCCUCCUGAUCUUGCACAUCAUCACUGGUAUUUCCCCCCAAGAUCUUCUCCUGUCUCUGCUUUGUCCAGUACAUUUCCCCAUAUCAGUUUCUGCAUCUUAAUUCCUUUAAUUGAUCAUUUAAAAGUUGUUGUACAACUGCAACAGUCAGUAGGUUAUUUUUUUGACAUUUUCUUUCAGUCCUGGGUGCUUUAAAAUAAGUUUACACAGUCCUUGCUCAGAUAAGACACAUUUCUAGCCUUCCGAUGCUCCCACAGCAAGUACAGCCAGCAGCCAUAUAAUUUUGCAUUGCAAUAAACACCCUUCAAUCGGAGGAUUAAAAGUAGAACUAAACAAGAUGAAAACUUCUCAGAACUGGACAAACUCUUGGCUGUUAGAAACAGGUGUUAUAAACUUUUUUGGAAUGCAAAUCAAGGUAAGCUUCCUGAAAACUAUUUUUUUAACCCCUCAAAGAUGUAUUCUCUUAAGCCAGCCUUUGAGUUGUGCUUUACAUGCACAUUUUAACCGACAGAUAACUUCCGUAAAUAUAGUCUCUAUAGGAAUUUCAAAAGUAGUUGCAGAAAAGAGGUCUUGCUGGUCUUUGCCCUAGAGAUUAACCUCUAGUGGCUCUUAAGUGGUGCUAGGGCAAGGUUACAGUUCUUCCACCCCUGGUCUUUUACCUGUCUGAGUUCCUCAAAGAUUUAUCAGUCCCACAGAGGGAGUAAUCCUUCCAGAGCAUUCAGAAGUUAAUCCCUUUGUUAUCUCUGUACCUCAUAGAUGAAAUGACUGACAGGAACUAUAAUUAAUCACCACUUAAUUACGUCUGUUGACAUCGCCUUGACAGAUGCAACUAACCAGCCAUGACACUCCCCGGAAGUCCCAAAAUGCUGGUUCCUGACCUGAUAGUUGCACAUGUUGUACUGGUUCAUCUGGCAGCUUUGCUGCUACAGUUGUUUUUACUGUUUUCAAUUUGUGUGGGGGUUUUUUUGGUGGUGUUUGUUUUUAUUGAGGGAGAGGAGAUGUGCCUAGAAGGAGAGGAGCUGGGGAGAGCAGAGGGGUAGGGUGAAGUAUGGUGUGGGAGAUGGCGCAGGCCAGGUAAGGGGCACACAGUACAGGCAGUUGUUGACUGUUGCAUGUCAGCCCCUCCUCCAACCUGGGGAAUUGUGGUUACCCUAUCAGCCAGCCCUCAGGUCUGUGGCUGUUGCUGAAAGCCAGGUCAGCCUCCCUCAUCCAUGAUCUGAUUGUGGAUGAGGAGGCCAAUCUGGUCUGUAUCACUCAGACUUGGGUGGGUGAGCAGAAUGGAGUACUCAGGGCAGCAUCAGGGCAGACUAGAGUUGGGGAGGAGGAGUUCCUGCUUUAGCAACACCUGGCAAGCUGUUUUAAACCCCAACUUUAGGAUUUCAGAGUACCUUGCACAUGAUGUCAAGUAUCCAUGCCUUCCAUAAAUCUGUGUUAAUGAUCUACAGAUCUAGUGCUUGUCAACAGUGCAGAAAAUAUUGAUCCAGUAAAACUGCUAGCACAUUUGCAAAGCUAAGCAGGGUCCAGUAUGGUUUAAAAUUGGAUGGGAGGCUGUGUUGAGAUUCCUGCAUUGCCGGGGGUUGGACUAGAUGACUCCCAGGAUCCCUUCCAGCUCUAUAGUUCUAUGAGUCUAGUUACCAUCAUGAUUUUUACUUAGGAUGAUAUGAAAACCAACAAAUCACAGAACACAUUCAUAGACACAAAAUUGAUGGUGUUUUUCUGAGGAUUACUUGUAGAAACUACAAUGAUCUGUCUGGAUCUGUGCCUCAGAUCCAUGUUGUUGUUUUUUUUGGGGGGGGGUUUGUAUCAUGGCAAUGAUGGCGAACACAUGGUUCAAUCAGUGGAGACAGAUGUGAUCUGUAAUUUCAUGGUUGGUGUGGGGAGUGAGAGAAGGCCCUUUAGGGGAAAAUAAUGCCAUUUAAAUAGGACCUUUUCUUUUCUGUAUCUCCCACCCCUCCCACACUGUGCUUUCCUCUCUCCUCUCAGAUUGCUCCCCUUUCCCUCCUAGUCUCUCAGCCAUUCUACCUUUUCUUCAGCUGCCAAGGUGCCGGUCUGAAUUUUGAAAAAUGCAUAGAGAUGAAAGAGGAAGUUGCAGAGAGCAUCACUCUUUCAGCUCUACGUACUUUUUUUGGGUGGGUGUGUAUGUUGGAUAAUGACCUUUUCCAUAUUUUGUGGGAGGCAGGACUCAGAAAGUUUUCAGGUGCUAUAAGGGCACGACGCUAGUGACCCCAAAAGUUGAUGAAUGGGAACUGUGAAAUAGACCCCUCAUCCAACAAUCCACACCUAACAACUUGAGGAAGGAGGAAUCAGGUGUGCUUGACUGCCUGUUGCGCUGUCUGCUAGGAAAAGGAGCCCUAUAUUUCAGUAAGUUUUCCUCUGCACAUAUGGACAAUACUAUAAUUGCCCUAGAUCAAAUAUAACACCUUGCCAAAACAAUAGCUGUUCAAAAUCUAUAUGAAUACAGUAAAAGCCAUGACUGUGCCUUAUGAUUUAUCACACCAGAAGUAAAUGAGGGGAAUUUGAGCGUAAGGAGUCUACUCAUUUGCCAGCGACAGCUAAAGAGGCUGAGGAUCCAGGUGGGUGUAGUUUUCUCGUUUUAACCUCCAUAGUGGAAGCAGCUGAGGUGUGUAUCAAGGCAUCCCUUUUUCCUAAUCACACUUCAUACAAAGAUGAGAGCUGUGGUACAGUGAAAGCUUUAGCUAAAGAGUGUUAGUGAUGGAGCGAGCUAUGAAAGGCAAAACCAUGUUCGUGUCCCAACAGGGUCCCUGUGCUUCUGAAAGCUGCUGUCUGUCAUGCAGAAUAACAGGUGCAGUUCCCUCAGAUAGAAGAUGGGGAACCUGGCUUGAUAGCGGUGCUUGUGAAAAGGAUCUAGGGGGUCUUAGUGGACUGCAAGCUUAACAUGAGUCAACAGUUAAGCAAAAAAACUAUUAUUUCUGCAGUGAUUUUUAUUAUGAUAAAUUGAAACAGAUGAUUUACGAGCCUCCCCCAAGAACCCCAUGAAAAGGUUCAAGAAUGGCUUCCCUUUCCAAGAUCAUGACGGCAGGGCAAGGGUUAAGCCAGGCGGUUGUAAUGAAACAUGUAAUUUGGCUCUGUGAAAAGUGCUUUAUGCUUUGUGACUGCAGCUGCCUUAACUUCUUGGGUUUGAGUGCCUUUAUUGGCCUGCAUAAGAUCUAUGGAAAAUAUGACAAUUAUGUGGUGCUUAAUAUGAUGGGGUAGCACUGAUCAGCUUUUCUGUAACUUUUGCCUUUAUUGCAUUGCACUAGGCUGCAUUUCUAACUGCACCAAUAAAAAACCCACAUGCAAAGAGUAUUUCCAUGAUGCUGCUUGAUGUAGUAAUCAACAUUGUAGAAGACAACAUUGUAGAAGACAACAUUAGGUGACAAAAUAGCCCUCAAAUUGCUAUCUGGUAGUACAAGUUGCUAUCUGGUAGUACAAGUAGGACAAGUCAGGUAGUACUGUACUCUGAAAGACUCUAAAUCAGAUGUUUUGCUCUCCAGCCACUGCUAAUCUAUAAGCAUAUUUACUGUAAGUGCUAGCUUGGCUCUGGCCAGCAUCUCAGAUUUGCAGAAUUUUCACACACUGUUGAGAUUUUUCCUGUAGAUUUUGUCUAAUUAAUUUUAAUUCAAUGAACCUUUUUUUAAAUUGCAGGUUUUUACUGUAACCAAACAGGGUGCAUAUUACUUCCCCGUUGACGUAAAAAUGUUGGCAUAUUGAUACAUGGGGUAUGAUUUAGCCACAUUAAACUUCUUAAAUCUCAUUAGUUUAAUUGAAAAUGCCUUUAGUCAGAUCCUGCAGAGAUGUUAUGUUCAUGUUAUAUGUUCUCCUGCAAUAAAUGGGAAUGAAACACAAUAAUCUUGGACAGCAUUAUGUUUGUUUAAGGCUUUCUUUGAUCAAAUAGAUUCAGGUAGGUAGCCGUGUUGGUCUGACGCAGUAGAAAUAUAUCUGAAGUAUCUGAAAUGUAUCUGAAGAAGUGUGCAUGCACACAAAAGCUCAUACCAAGACUAAACUUAGUUGGUCUCUAAGGUGCUAUUGGACAAUUUUUAAUUUUUUAAAAAUAUAUUUCUAUUUUGAUCAAAUAGUUAACUUUCAUUUCCCUUUUUAUUUUGUGCUUUAGAAUAUUGAGGAUAGUGACUAUGAGAGCAGUGGGUUCUACAUGGGAUGGCACUGACUGCUGCUUGACGUCUUAACAUUCGAUGUUCAGAGCUGCUUGGCAGUUGAUAUAUUUCCAAUAUAAGAAUACGUAUUUGAAGCCAUGUCGAAGAAAAGCCGCACAAAGGCAGAAAAGGACAUGGAGACUGAAGCUGUCCAAGCAGCAGCAAAUGAGGAAUUGCGGAUGAAAUUGACAAACAUUCAGAUUGAAUAUCAGCAGGAAAAAGGCAAGGUAUGUAAGCUUAAUGCUAUGUGGAGGUAUGUCCAGCUGAGCAAUGAGCAGUUCUCACACCAUCAGGUCUUAAGGGAUUUAAAGAAAUGAAAUACUCAUCAAACUUGCAUACAGUGUUUUCAUAGCGUCUCCUUUCUGGAAAGACGCUCCCUCGAUUUCAGUGCUUUAGAAUAAAAAGGUGUGUAUAAUUUUUUCUGGAACGGAGGUGUUGGUGUCACUGUUUCACCAACAGCCAGAUGAAACUACUUUGCUUGUUGGUGUUACCCAAAUAGAUAAUAUUUUUGAAUGAUAAUUUUAAAGAUCCCAGGAUGCAGCUCUUUCUGCCUUGUUACUUUAUGUGAGAGAUUUGGUGUAUUGAAUCCCCGUGACGGGGUGAGCUCCCGUUGUUCGGUCCCUGCUCCUGCCAACCUAGCAGUUCGAAAGCACGUCAAAGUGCAAGUAGAUAAAUAGGUACCGCUCUGGUGGGAAGGUAAACAGCGUUUCCGUGCACUGCUCUGGUUCACCUGAAGCAGCUUAGUCAUGCUGGCCACAUGACCCGGAAGCUGUCUGCGGACAAAUGUCUGUUACCUCGGCCUGUAGAGUGAGAUGAGCGCGCAACCCCAGAGUUGUCCGUGACUGGACCUAACGGUUGGGGUACCUUUACCUUUAUGCACAUAAAACUUCAUACACUUCAAUGGCUUAUGUGUUUAAGCUGUGGAUUAUUCACUUCAAAAACUCUUAAGACCCUGUUAUAUCAGCUUUACUCAAACUCAGGAAGAUCUGUGUAAAAUGCUGAGUCUUAUUUUUUUGUUCAGCUCAGGUUCGCUAAAUUGGAGAGUCUUGCAAGAAAUAGAUAUAUACUGUAUUCAGAAUACCAAAAACCUUUUCAAGUGCUUGCACACAUGACAUGUCUAGAUUUAGGGGUCUGCUGCUGGCAUCCUUGUCUCUUGUUGCAGCUCUUGUUUUCAAGGUGACAGCUUUAAUUAUUUAGCAAUAAACUUUCAGAAAAAGCUCCUUGCUAGAAUUAUCCUGCCCUUUCCUCCUUGCUUUUUGAGAAAUAAGUAUUUCACCUUUACAGCAGAAAAAGAAGACUUGCUGCAGCUGUCACAAAGAUGAGUUUUAGAUGACUGCUUAAAACAUUUCUGUUGGCAGAAGCAUUCUCUGAAGUGUUACGCAAUAAGAUAUUAGUUGUAUAUUAUCCCAAUAUAAAUUCAAAACAUGUACACUAUAUUGUGAAAUCUUAAGGCGUCCACAGCUUAGGUAUUUUGAUUAGGCAGUAUACACAUUUGUAUUGCAUGUAACAAAAUAAUAAGCCACUCACUUAAGAGAAUUUUAUCACCCUCUUUUAGACAAGGUCUUGCAAGUUGGUUGCUAAGGGUUUGUUUAAAUAACUGGUUUAUCCCAACAUGGUUUCCUUUAUAACAGUAAUUGUUUUGCUUGCUUGAUUUUCUUAAGAGUGGGUUUGUUUUGUAAAUGAUCUCUCUUGUACAUGCCUAUUAAGCAGUUUAACCUAGAUACAACCCAACUAAGGUUUGACAAGAGUUAGGAAGCUGGGAAGGGAAUCUGUGAGUGCAUGGAGAGUUGAGAGCACUCACUCAUGUCACAUCAAACCAUGGUUUGUUAUUCCAGGCCCUGUAGAACUGGAAUUGCUGUCAUAUUUGCCUAGUCAACAAAGCUUAGAAAAUAAGAACUGUUAUUGCACAUGUAUGCCACUUAAUGCUUCUUCACACUUCAGUAAGUCAAAGAAGAUAAUGUUGGUGCAUAAAGCUAAAAAGCAAUAAACAGUAAACUUUCUGUGCUGUUAAGGCACGUAUGUACAUAUACAGAAAGCUGAGAUUUAUUAAUGAUGUGUGUUUAGCCAAUUUUAUAUAUAAGUGAUGGCUUUGUAACUAUUUUAGUGUUUAGUUUCCCCCUAACAGAUGUUCUUUGCAUGUUCAUUGAGUGUGUGCAGGAGGCUCUGCCAAGAUUUCUGAUGACACAGAGAGCCCUCUAUACGUUCAAUUGUAAAUGUGUGUGCUCUCUACAGGUGUUUUAACGAGGGUGAGAAGGUUGGGGUGGAGUUUCUGCUGCGGUGCCAUCCUGCAUAAGCAUCACCAUUAAUGAGCAAAUAAUGUUCAUUGACUUCAGACGCCAGGCUAGGCUUUGCUUCCAGGCCCUCCCACCAAUAUUAAGUACCUUUGUCUCUAGAUUGUUCAUUAGCAUAGGGAUAUCAGUUUACAGAAGUAAGGUGUAAUGUUGGGCAUGGAAGUGGUCUGUUUCUAAUAAUCCAGUAGCUUUUGCUUGCUGUCAUUGUUUUGGAGCUGCCUUGAAUUUUUGCUGUUUGUCCUUGCUAGAUGGCUAUGCAAGUAACCAGCUGCCAAAUUUCUCCAGUGUUGCUUGUUAGUCAGCAAAAUUGGGAAGUGAUUAGAGUUACUAUUCUUUAGUUAUGCUGUUCCCCUCUGUUUCUCUGGUAUGCAUAAUGAGUAAUUGUGGGAAACUUAACUCAAUUGGACAGGAAAAUUGCCAACUUCUUGAGGCUGGUUCACACAAUACAUCUUUUGUCCGUGCAAAUAUUGCAUGGUGUUCACGCUUACGGACAAGCAUAAUAACCCAUUUGGGAUGUAAUGAUAAACAAAGGUUUAUUGUUGCAUGUAGAAGACUUGGGGUUAUGGGCUGCCCCUCUGCCUUUGCUGUGAGGGCUGUGGCUUAGUUACCCAGAGUUUAGCAUUGUGUCUGAAUGGAACCUUAAACUGCAGUUGAGAAUACCGUAUUUUUCAGUGUAUAAGACGAUGUUAUUUUAUUAUAAAUAAAUGUUAAAAAUUGGGGGUUGUCUUACACACGGAUAGUGCAGAGGGGGGACGGGUGAUUGUUGGCGGCCGCAAGCAGGAGAUUGUCAGUGGCGAUUGUGCGGGUGAUUGGUGGCUGUGGCACGGCCGGCUGUCUAUUGGCUCUACAGUGGUAAUUGGGUGGUCGAUUGGCGGUUGCCGACAGAUGGCUUUGGUGGCUUUGGCGAGACGUGCGGCUGGCAGUGGUGGUCAGGCGGGUGAGCUCAACAACUCUGGGCAAUCUCCUCCCAUUUCCUUAAUUUGGAGUCCCCCAAAAUAGGGGCCAUCUUAUACAUGGGGGGGUGUUAUACACCAAAAAAUACAGUAACUAUAUUUAGUUUGUUUCAGCUAAGGCAAGGCUAACUGCAGUUUGGAGUCUUACCUCAACUUAGUCUAAAACAGAAGUGGAAAAUUCAAAACCCUUCUUCCCAUCCCUACCAGAGGGGAAGCGGAAUCUUGUAACAAGCUUUAGGUUUGUACCCGUGCCUGUAAUGAUAAACAAGGGCUUUUAUCAUUCCAACCAGAUGAGAUCAAUGUGUGAGCAAGAGAUCACAGAGAUGGUCAACAGCAGUUCUCAUGAUGAUGCUAUCUGUAAAAGUGCCUCUGAUUUUCUAAUUCACAUGCUGUGUUGCUAUUUCACUACACAGCCCAGGCUAUCUUUCAUUGUGGGUGUGUAUGUUCUGAUUUACACAGGCAUUUUUCUAAAAUAGUUUUACUUCCUUAGUUUUAGGGACUUUCAAAUAGAUUUGAAAAUGUGCUGCUUUGUUCAUAUCUUCCCCUAAACACAGGGCUUGUCCAAACUGGGCCUUAUGGUGAGUUUGAGGCUGAUUGAGUCCAAGAUUUCUGAGCAUCGUGAAGCUACACUCAACCAGAACCCAUUCUACUUCUUUUGAUGAGUGAAUUUAGACUUCCCCAAUCCUGGGAAAAUCAGGAGAGCAAAGCAAAACCUCUGUAUUCAAGGUGGCAUCAGGACUUAAAAGAGCAACAUGGAAUUGGCUUUUUGAUCUGUGAAACUGUGAAUUGAACCGUGUAUAUCCAUUCAAGGAGCAGCCGGGGUCUGUUCAACCUGGCAUGUCUCUACACCAAGACAAAAUGGGCCUUUGUCUUCAUCCAGCAGGCUCUUUGCAUAUGCAGAAAACUGAAAAUAAGAAUGAAAAAUGCACCUCUUUCCCUGGGAAACUGCAUGAAUCUGGCCCUGUCCACUACUGGAAUGGGAACCCUGACAGCUUUCUGCUGGGGUACUGUGGCCCUUGGACUGAAGAGCUUCACCCCUUGCUAGUUAUUUCCACUAUGUGCUAGUUAACAGACUCUUUGUACACUGGAAACUCUGGUAAAUAAAUGAAUUGACAAUUGAGGACUAUACCUACUUGGUCCAUGCAAUGCACUUAAAUCCUCAAUGAGUCCUCAGUCCAGUCAUUCUGAAGAAGAUCUGGUGCAAAGUGAUGGGAUGUAACUGAAAGGCAAAUUCAUGUUUGACCCACGUUUGGAAGUAGCGAGGUUAUUGAAAUGAAUCACUGUUUCCCCUUCAGUACACCUUUUGGGACUGAAUGUUUAGGAGUAUUCACAAAAAGAAAACACUUCCAGCUGGGAUUUCAUUGGUUUGCUUUUAAUUGCUGUGCUUGUUCCAUUCUGCAGAAGGGAGUAGCCUUUGCAGUAGCAGUAAACUGGUGAGGAUAAGUUCUUGCAUUUGCAAUGAGCUUACAAGUGAAAAGCUUAUGCAAGGAUGACUGUAAUGAGAUUGCCUUGCUUCGCUGAAGGUAGUAUGGGCCCAUCAGUAAUCUUAUUCAAUCAGGAGGCCUUUGAAUGUUUGUGUUUAAAUUCUCCUCCUAUUUAUUAAAGAGCUAAUAAUGAUGAAGAAAGUAGUGGAGCAGUAGGACUGAAUUUUUAUAUCGUUUUUAGGAUCUCACUUGAGUAUAUUUUAUGACCCAGCGGAUUCCGAAACGCCUAAAUGUAUUUCUUGUAUUCUGUAAUCUCCUUUUCUGAACACCUCACUGCAAUCCCCACCCUUCCUCCAGCCCUGGCUAUCAUUCAACUGCCUUCCUAUUAGCUAUCCUAAUAUCUAAUUUCUUUGCAACAUCUGCUGAGCUAAGGCAACCUCCACGCUCAUCACCUUAACUAUUAUUAACAAUUAAUAAUAGGAAAAGAGUCAGUAAUUCCGGCACUGUGCUUUGCUUAUAUGUACGUGGAUACUGUAUGUCAGGCAUAGGCAAACUCGGCCCUCCAGAUGUUUUGGGACUACAACUCCCCUCAUCCCUAGCUAACAGGACCAGUGGUCAGGGAGGAUGGGAGUUGUAGUCCCAAAACAUCUGGAGGGCUGAGUUUGUCUUAAUAUUAUCCUAUAUUAAUUAUCCUGUGUGUCUUAAUAUUAUCCUAUAUACCUUCAGUUCAUGCUAAAACUUACUUUGGCCAAAAUUGCUAGCAGUUUCAAAAGUCCUUUUGCAUUUCUUCAUUGACAGCUUCCUUUUUUAAAGUGGUGGCGGCAGCAGUAGCCACAUUUGUCCUAAACCACCCAAGGACAAUGCUGCAUAAAGACAUAGCAUUAUUCCAUGGGGGCUGCUGGGUACAACGGCCAGACAGGGGCUGCAGGAAGAAGCACUACUGUUUCCACUGCUAAGGAGAGGGAAAACGGAAAGCCGAACUGCACUACAGCCUACUUUUGCUGCUUCCCCUAGUCUCAGUGCACAACCUCAUCCGCUAAGGGAGUACCUGGGAUAUAAAACUCAUUAAAUGCUUUCAAGUGUCUCUGUGCCAGAGCCAGGGUCACCAGCGUUGUCCGUCCUGUGGGUACAUUUGUGAACUGGAGAAACUGUCAUGGGCACUGCACCUAUACUGCAACCUGUCAUGGACCACAAGCUCUUCUAUUGACUACAAUAAGACACGUGUUUCAAGCCUAAUUUCAUUGAGGGGAAGGGGCCCUGUGGGAGCCAGAGAACACCUUUGCAGGUGUAUGUGGAUGCAUUGGUGCCACAUUGGAAUAAAGAAAAUUAGGAUGAACUUGAAACCUUAAUGCAGAAAGGCAAAUAUGAACUAAUAGACAUUGCCUGCGAGGAUAAGGCCCACUACUGGAGUGACAGGGAUGGAGCUUGUUGUUGUUUAGUUGUUUAGUCGUGUCCGACCCUUCGUGACCCCAUGGACCAGAGCACGCCAGGCACUCCUGUCUUCCACUGCCUCCCACAGUUUGGUCAAAUUCAUGUUAGCAGCUUCGAGAACACUGUCCAGCCAUCUUGUCCUCUGUUGUCCCCUUCUUGUGCCCUCCAUCUUUCCCAACAUCAGGGUCUUUUCCAAGGAGUCUUCUCUUCUCAUGAGGUGGCCAAAGUAUUGGAGCCUCAGCUUCAGGAUCUGUCCUUCCAGUGAGCACUCAGGGCUGAUUUCCUUCAGAAUGGAUAGGUUUGAUCUUCUUGCAGUCCAUGGGACUCUCAAGAGUCUCCUCCAGCACCAUACUUCAAAAGCAUCAAUUCUUCAGCGAUCAGCUUUCUUUAUGGUCCAGCUCUCACCUCCAUACAUCACAGGGAUGGAGCUUACUUAGCAGAAAUAGACUAAACAGGAAGGGUGGAGAGUUAAAGGAUGCAUACACAUGCAAAGAAAUCCAUGAAUUUGAACAUCUAGGUCAAAUUAAAAGAAGAGGAAAAUAGUGGUGCCAUUGCAGGAGUGUGCUACAGACCACCAAGCCAGGCAGAAGUCUUGGGUGGUGCCUUUCUAUAUAAGAGUACCACUUGUGGAAAUUAGGCCUUCGUGUAAUUAAAAAAACCUGCCAACUUAAACAAUGGAAAGGUGAUCUGUUAGUAUUAUCAAUAUAUUUUAUAUAUCUUACUGAAUGCUGCUUUCAGGGCAUUUUGACUGAAAAGUGGUGUAUAAAAAUAUUGUAAUACCCGUGUAUGUGUGUUUGUGUGUGACAAGACUUUGAGUUUUGAAAUACAGAGUUUUUGUCGUGGGAUCACACAAAGGCCUGCUGUGGACUCCAAUCAGUAUUAAACAUUUUGUCCGUAGCCCAAGUUUAGAAGUACUACGUUCAGAAAGACUUUAGAUAUCUACCUCAUGUUUCAUUUGCUUCCCAAACAUUCCUCCAGUUCUACACAGUCAUGCUAAUGUGCUGCUUUUGUUUUUUGGUGGUGUUUCAGGUGAGUAAACUGAGAGAGAAGCUCCAGGAAGCAAAACAAGAACGAGAACAGGAACAGCACAAACACACAGCCUACAUAUCUGAACUCAAGGCUAAACUCCAUGAAGAGAAAAUGAAGGAACUCCAGGCUCUCCGAGAGGUACUCAUUCGGCAACAUGAACAAGAAGUGGCUCGUAUGGUGAAAAUAAAAGACAGUGAGAUCCAGCGAUUGCAGUCCACGGUGAAUGUCCUGCGGGACGGGGCAGCUGACAAAGUGAAAACUGCCUUGCUCAAUGAGGCCAGGGAAGAAGCCCGGAAAUCAUUUGAUGGUGAGCGCAUAAAGAUGCAGCAGGAGAUACUAGAACUGAAGUCAGGGAAAAAACAGGUGGAAGAAGCCUUGAGUAACAUCAUGCAGGCAGAUAAGAUGAAGGCAGCUGACCUGCGCACAGCCUACCAGUCCCAUCAAGACGAAAUUAAUAGGAUAAAGCGUGAAUGCGAGAGGGACAUCCGUAGGCUGGUAGGUUCACCCAAUAUUACCGUGCAUCUGUCUAGUUGAAUAUUCCACUAUUUUUAAUUGCCACUAGUCUAAUUGUGUGUCAUGUCACAGUCACUUGCUUUCCCCCUACUUUAUUUUGUAAAUAAAUGGAUGUUAAUCCUGUAUUGUAACUCAGGGAAAGGAGGGCAUUUCUUAUUCAAGUCUCUUUUAUUUCCUCUGACGAGUGGCACACUUAGCAAAUCUGAUUUUGCAUCAAUCAAAGCAGCUAUCUGCUCACAAUUGCUUUACGUUGCCAUUCAUGAGAUUUUUGAAAGGAAGUCAAUUGUUCUCAUAUCUGGCUAAUACUAAGUAAGUCAAAAGAACACAUUAAACAAAAAACAGGACUUAAGUUUAUUCCUUUCAUAGAAGCAGCCCUGGCUGUAAAUCCAGUACAGUCAUACCUCGGGUUGAAUGUGCUUUGGGUUGAGCAUGUUCGAGUUGCACUCUGUUACUUCCAGGUUUUGCCACUCGCGCAUGCGCAGAUGCUCAAAAUGACGUCACACACAUGCGCGGAAGCGGCAAAACACGACCUGCGCACACGCAGACGCGCCAUCACUUGUCACGUUCGCUUCAGGAUGCGAACGGGGCUCCGGAACGGAUCCUGUUCACAUCCCGAGGUACCGCUGUACUACUUAUCCUUUGGCAUGAUUUGGCUAACAUAAAGUAUUCGGUUUAAUGGGAAGUAUUAGGAGAAAUUCACGUCGUGUUGCUUUCUAACUCUUCAAGAUGGAUGAGAUACGAGGCAAAGAGAGAGUGAUUUUGGCUUUGGAGAAAGAUCUUGGUGUCCAGGCAGGCCAUACACAAAAGUUGCUGCUUCAGAAAGAAGCCCUGGAUGAACAACUUGUUCAAGUCAAAGAGGCAGAGCGGUUCCAUUCCAGCCCAAAGAAAGAGCUUCCUCCCUCUGUGGGAGAUAUGAUGGAACUUGUAGGAAACCAGGUAAGAAAGCUAACUGUUUUUUACAUGCGUAUGAAUGUUAAAGUUAUUUUAACAACGUGGUGAUUCCCUGCUAAUAGAUUGUAACCAACUCCUUUCAGAGUGGGGGGAUGAGUUAUCACCUUCAAAAUACAAAUAAAUUAAAUUAUACUUUGAAAAUGGAACAUUAAGCUUUGCUUCCAUCCUUCAGAUAACUUUACUGCUAGAAAGAAUAGUUCAGAAGUACAUUGUGCAUAGUCUAUUUUUAUUGUCUCUGUAUUGCCCGGGUGGUGGUGGUGAGGGGACUGCAGGCUUAAGCUGAGACACUGCCUUUGUUUGCAACACCAAGCCAAAUCAUGUCUUAGUGCAAACAAGCAGAUGUGGGGGCUCUAAGAGAGGAGAUUACCUUUUUGCUCCUCUGGUUGUAAUCCUGCUGUGCUUUUGGUAAGCUGUGAUGUGGCUUAAUGUAUUGUUCAAACCCUGGCUUGUGGUUUAGCUCACUUCAGACACACAAGCUGUGAUCCCCAAAACUUUGAUUUCAGGACAGAGAGCAAACCCAGCCUCUGUAUAGUCAUAGCCCCAGAAGAGAGUACACAAAGACUAGCACCAGACCUAUUGUUCUCCUUCUUGCCCCCUCACCGGUCUUGUCUGCUCACUCGUCUGCCUGCUCAGUCAACCCUGCCCCUUCCCUGUAUAGCUCUGCCAAACCAUGGCCCAGGCGAGCCACAAAGGAACAGGGACAACAGGCCCGGUCACUUCCCCAGCAAACAUCUUGCUCUUUUGUUGCUUCCCUCCCCUUCACCCGCCAAUGUGGAUGCAGACAAAAUGGUGGCCUCGGGUGCACAGGGAAAAUGGAGUAAGAUGGCUGCUUGGAAGCUGCCUCUGGCUGUUCCUCCAUGGCCCUCCUGAACUGCUUACUCGCCUGCCUGCCUGAGCUGCCCACGUGCUCUUCUGUCCGGCAGCCGCACAAAUUGCAGCCUGAUCACAGCCUUGCAGUUUUAUUAUAUCUGUUAUUUUACUGCUUCUUCCUACAGCAGCUUUCCUAUCUUCUCCCCUUCCUUUUUGUUUCCUAUUAAUUACAGUACUAUUUUUUUUAAAAAAAAAUACCCUAAUUUAUUUGAGUGCACACUCUGGCCCUUCACCGCCAUGUCUCUUCCCGCAAACCCCUCUUGCCACUUUUAUUCAGGGCCUGAUGACUUGCUGCUUUUGUCGCCAUAGGUCCAGCCAAAAGACAGUAGCAUGGCUGGGGCGGGGGGCAGAAAUGGGCGAGGGUGGGGGUCUGUGCCCCUGAGGCCAGCCUCAAAGGAGGCUGAGGCCAGCUGGUGGUCUCUGCCCACUGUUUGAGAAAACACUACCUUCCUCCAUCUAUUCCACGUGCUUUUUUACUUUUCUGUAAAAUGAAGUUGUGCCCAGUUUUGUGCUGUAAUGUAGCCUUUUAUUUUCAAGGAGCAACAUAUGGAUGAACGAGAUGUGCGGAGAUUUCAGCUAAAAAUAGCAGAACUCAGCGCUGUGAUUCGGAAGCUGGAAGAUAGAAAUACACUUUUAGCAGAUGAAAGGAAUGAACUAGUAAGUAAUUUUGAUGUUUUAUUUAACAAAAUUUAUAUGCUGCUUGGUUGUAGUAAAACCUCCAAGGGGUUUACAAAAAAUAUUAAAAUUAUCAAUAAAACAUUUAAAAACAACUUACUGUAUUUUUCCAUGUAUAAGACUAUAUUUUUCCCUAAAUUUUUGAAAUUUAAAAUAAGGGGUCGUCUUAUACACAGUGCAUAGUGCAUUUUCUUAAUUUUGAGUCCCAAAAACUAGGGGGCGUGUUAGACACGGAAAAAUAUGGUAAAACAUUUAAAGAUAUUAAAAUUAAAAUACAUCAUCAACACCUGUGUGUCUGGAUAGGCUUGUCUAUACAAAAAUGUUUUAAGCAGGUGCAGAAAAGAGUACAGUACAAUGAAUGUACCUACCUGUCAAUAGGCAGGGGGUUCCAAAGUGUAGACGCUGCCGCAGUAAAAUAUCAGUUUCUCACAACUUCAUUAUGUAUCUUUAGGCACCAGGUGAAAAUGUCUCUCUAUAACUAGGCCUUGGACUGAUUAAACAAUCUUUUAGAACUGGGCAGGAUGCUUUUAAUGUAUCUAUGCUGGGAGGGUUGUGUUGUUGUUGUCUGUUCGGUUGGUUGUAAGUUGCUUUGGGUUCCCCUGAGCAAGAUCAAGCAACUAACAAAUUCAAUAAAUAAAUGAAAUAAAAAUAAUGUAAGUGGACAUUUGCCAAGGUCACAUUUGACUUUAACAAAAAAGAAAAGUUCCCCAAAUAAGGGUAUGGGUAAAAAGCAAGUAGAAAGGGGACACAUCUCUCCAAAAUGUUUAGCAGUUGUUCAGGAUUAUAGAAUAUCAGAAGCUCAGCUAGAGAACAUACCACAGAACAGGGAAGAUACUUCCAAGGCCAGCAUGGGGAAUGAGCAAAGGCAAGGAAGCUGUGAGAGGCAAGGAGGCUUCUUUCAGAAAAUGGAAGUCUUGUCCAAAUGAGGAGAGCAAAAAGAACAGAAACUUUGGUACAAGAAAUUCUAGCAGAUGAUAAGGGAUGAAAAAGAGAGAGAGAGAUAAUUUGAUGAGCGUAUUACAAAAAAAAAACAACAACAGAGGAAUGACAAAACUUAUUUAAAUACAUUAGAAGCAGGAGAUCAGCUAGGGAAGUGGGUGGACCUUUGGAUGACGAGGGAGUCAAAUGUGUUUGUGUUUUUCUUCACAGCGGGAGACGGAAGACAGAUCCCUGUACCUGAGCUAUCUGUCUCAGAAAGGGAGUCUGAGGAGCUGAUGUAAAAGUGAUGACAAGACACAAAAUGGGCAAACCACCAGGCCCAAAUGGCAUCCGCCUCAGAAUCAUAGAAUCCUGGAAUUGUAGAGUUGGAAGGGACCCCUGAGGGUUAUCUAAUCCAACCUCCUGCUGUGCAGGAACCAGUUCUUAAAGAACUCUGAGAGCUACCAAUGUCAGAAUGCCAUUAUAUGGCGAGACCCCACUUGGAAUACAGUGUCCAGCUCUGGUUGCCUCAACUCAAGAAAGACAUUAUAGAGCUUGAGAAGGUUCAGAAAAAGGCAGCCAAAAUGAUUAAGGGGUCAGAGCAACCCCCUUAUGAAGAAAGACUAUAUUUGGGACUUUUUUUGUUUAGAGUAAGGGAGGGAGAUGUUGUUGUUAAGGUCCCAGGUUGGGUUACAACAUUAAAACACAAUAUUAAAAACAAACAACUUACAGUUACAGAACUAAGUUGGGUCCUAAAAAUAUACACAUCAAGCGUCAAAGGGCAGGGCAAAGAAAGUGCAUCUUUGGCAUUUGCCGGAAGCUGUAUAAUGACGGUGCCAAGAGCACCUCUGUGGGGUGGGAGCUUUGAAUGUCCUCUCCCAGACUGCCACCCACUGAGCGUCCGAAGGUGGAGGAACUACCAGGAGGGCCACCUCUGCAGAUCUUGGCACCUGAGAGGAUCCAUAGGGAAGCAGGCAGUCUUUGAGGUAUUUGGGACCUGAGUUGUUAAGGGCUUUAAACUCUAACGUGAGCACACUCUACACCAGCGGGAACUUCCAAACCAGACCUCAGGGCAGCCCCACAGAAGAGCACAUUUCUGUCCAGCCAAAGCAUGGACAACAGAGGCUAUCCUCAUCCAGGAAUGGCGCUAGUUGUCAAACCGGAUGAGACUGGUAAAAGGCCUUAGCCACAGAGGACACCUGGGCCUCUGUUGACAAGCUACCCACUUGCAACCCCGUGCAGAACAGAUCUGCUUUAAAAACAGAAACAAAAAAGUACAACUUUUUUUGCAGCUGAAGCGGUCUCGGGAGAUGGAAGUGCAGGUGAAGCCGCUUAUAGAAAAAAACAGAAGGCUGAACAAAAAGAACGAGAGCUUGCUGCAGAGUAUACAAAGAAUGGAAGAAAAACUUAAGCGUCUUUCUAGGGAAAAUGUCGAAAUGGUAAGCAGUCGUCGUCUUCAGGUCACAGAUUCUGAUGAUUCGUUUGCCAGUUGUGAGAAGGAUGACCAGAAAGUGCUCUGCUCCCUUUUUGCUUUUAUAGCCAGUAAUAUUAUUUACUUAUUUAAUAAAUUUUAUAUCCCAUUUUCUCAGAAAUCUUUUCCAUAAAGUGGUUUUCACUCUAUCUAGUACAUUUUUACAGGUGGAAAGUCCUACUGCAGAUUUUGAUUCAAUCUGCUUGAUUGGCACAUUGACAUAAUUCCUAUUUUUAAGGUAUUUUCUAAGAGUGUUGGGUAGCUCAAAAACAGAAAUUACAGUUGUUCUUUUUCUUUGGGAGCAUCUUCAAAUCCAAGAAGGAUAAUUAACAAAAUGAGUCAUUACCUAAUGUGUAGCCAAAUACUGUAUGUAGUACUUUAUAACAUAUGGCAUGGGCAGGCAAACUAAGGUCCAGGGGCCAGAUCCAGCCCAAUCGCCUUCUAAAUCCAGCCCGCGGACAGUCCAGGAAUCAGUGUGUUUUUACAUGAGUAGAAUGUGUGCUUUUAUUUAAAAUGCAUCUCUGGGUUAUUUGUGGGGCAUAGGAAUUUGUUCAUUUCCCCCCAAAAAAUAUAGUCUGGCUCCCCACAAGGUCUGAGGGACAGUGGCCUGGCCCCCUGCUUAAAAAGUUUGCUGACCCCUGACAUAUGGCCUGCAGAGUCAAAAUGUAACACAUUCUGGACUGAUCAUUUUUAACUGGUCAAGUGGUCAGCUGCUGUGUCCAGCUGCUUACCAUGCUGUGGGCUUAAAGAGGAAAGGCAUCAGCUCAACCCCAGCCCACAGGAUGUUACCCAACUCAGGGUGCCGUCACCAUUGUCCUCACCAUUUAUUUGUAUGCUGCCUAUGGGGGCUCACAUGAAAAAAUCACAUCAUUCACUAGUUACAAAAUACAGCAGAAUCUAAAUAAUAUGUUAAUGAAAGCAUCUCAUUAAGAAAUAGUCAAUAAAAUUGAAAAAUCCGUUAUAAUUCAUGAUAAGAUCUAAUGACAAAACACGAAAACAUAAUAACAAAAACAGCAAAAGUAAUUAAAUUUGGGCCCACACAUCCCUAAACAUCCUGUGUAGACUCAUGGUCAGAAUGGUCUCUGGUACCUCCUGCAGCAGCUUUUGUAGCUGGAAAUGGUCUUGGCCUCCCCUCUCUCAGCCCAGAUGGAAAUAGGCCAGCAAAGAUGGGAACAAACCCCACAGAACUUGCAGGUAAGAUCUCAGCAUCUCUAGAGUUUGAGCCGCGAACCCCAUGGUUCUGAGAGGCUUUUGGGGCCUCUGCAUUCAGGCUCCAGAAUCUUCUUGGGCCUAGAGGCACAUUUGGAAAUCUAAGAAACUUUAAUGGGCACUUCAACAAAAGGAAAACUGGUGAUGCUUAGGACCCCAGCCCCAAAUGACAUAUCACCUACCCAGUAUUUACUUAAGAUUGCUGAAAUCAGAUUUUUCAAAGUCCAGGGUACACAUAUGACCACGUUCAACUUUAUCUUUUCCCAGUAUCUUGAAUCCCAAGUCGAUGUGGUCACUUUCACCCAAGACUCACACUUCUGUCGUGUGAAAGGGAUAAUAGCACCGGUUAUUGGCAGUUGCUUUGUUUAGGAUUACAAGUCAUUUGGUCUCACUGCUAAUGUUGAUGCUUUCACAGAUGUGUUUUACUGUUUUCUCUUUGAACGAUAAUUUUUAAAUUCAUGAUUGGAAAAGGGCAAGGAUGUUUACCAACCACCUUUUUGUACUAGUAUUGUUUUGGCUGGAACCAAAGAGGGUGUGAGAGUGCGAGAUUUGGUUGUGUUAAUGAAAUUAUAUUUUUUUAUAGAGAGAAAAGCUAUCUGCUCAGCCAACAAUGAGGAGGCACACAUCAUUGAAUGACCUUAGUAGCACACAUGAAGAACCAGAAGUUGAAUUUCUUAAAUUGCAAAUUAUAGAACAACGGCAUCUUAUUGAUGAUCUGACGAUGGUAAUAUGCAGUUACUAUUAAUCUCUGCUUUGGCAUUCGUUUCUUAUUCCCUUGGAGAGACAUUUGUAAGAGCACAUGGUCACUUGAUCCAAAUAUAGCAUGCAUUGUAUUUUGGAACAGCCUCCCCUACCCAAAUUCAUGUUCUUCCUUGUCACAUCAGCCAUGGAGGAGGAGCAGGGGAAAGUGAGGGGAGCAGCCUUGUGACAACAGACAGUCAUGUUUGCUGGUUUCAAAGCAUUGUAUUCUUGGCAAAGUAUAACAGAAGGCUAUGUGUUUGGGGGUUAAGAUCACAAAUAAUAGAAAAAGUUGUAUUUACAAGCCAAAAAAUGAAGUGGGCAUGUAGUAUCCCCAAUAUUAAUUUAUAUUCCUGCAUGUGGAUGUUUACAAAGGGCCGUUUGAAAAUUCUGUGCUUCACUUUGAAGUCCCAACAAUCAGGGCUUCAAAGGGAAGCAUCACCUGACAUCACAGUGAGGUUAGUUGAUUAACAGGUGAGUGGCCCUGCCUCGCUGUUAACAUUGGUGUGCCAAGGGUGGGGCAAUAAGAACGUGAACAGAAAAUGUUCCCUACUUCUGAAUUAGAAGGAAAUAAUCUAUUUGUCCAGUUUUAAGCCCAUCUUCUUUUUCAUGUUUUCAUUUCUGUUUCUCAUAACUCAUGAAUCUAUCUCAUAAAAGAAGGAGCGGAUAAGUGAAAUUAUCCAAAAUCUCUUUCCAUUUCUCAUGGCUUGUCAGCUGUGUACAUUGUCGAUUCGCCGUGUUUCCUCCAGAUUUUCCUCUGUGGCAACUAGUUCUAAAAGUGUGUAUUUCAGAAGAAGAAAUAGAAAGGGAUCUUUAGCUUUGCUGUGCAUCAUGUUAGAGUUUUAGAUUCCACACCCAUGAUUAUCUGUUACGUAUUUUGAAUAUAUACUAAAUAAAUUAUUUAAAAGACAUUCCUUGCUCUAGGAGCGGGAUCGAUGGUUACGCUCCAGGAAACAGAAGACGCAGAAUUUGAAACCCACAAAGGUGAGUGACAUUUUUAUUGAGACUAAGGGAUAAUGGUUUUUCCAGACUUCUUUUCUAUAUUAAAAUUAUGGCAAUAAAAUAAGAAAAACAACAAUUGCCAUCAUUAUUAAUAAUUAAUUAAAAAAACUACAAAAUGCUGGUUUUUUCACAGCUGCUUCUUGUUACUUUAAUAUAUGGAGAUGUCAAGUAUUUAACUGCAGUGUAACCUGGAAAGUACUGCUAAAGGCCUGGUGGUGGCACUUUUUCUUAAUGUUCUGUUUUGCACAGCUAAGUUUGCAAACAUGUGCACGCUUAUCUGUAAGUCUGUCCCAAACAACUCAACCGGGCUUCUUCUGAAACAGUUUAAUUUAGUUAUAAAAUUUAUUACCCGCUUUCAGUAUUAAACAAUCCUAAAGCAGGUUACAGUACAGAUAAAACUCUAUAAAGUCUUGUAAUCAAUCAUUACAUAAUGAAAUAGUAAAAAAGGAAACAGGUGACAGCACAUACACUGUUGUAUAUUCUUUCUUUUUUCUUUUUGUUUAGAUUAGUUUGUUUUUUAUUGUAAUGUAUUAUGAAAAGUCUUCAUAAAAUCUUAUAAAUAAUAGGUAUUGUUUGAAACGGAAACAUAAUUCUACAGCACUGAAUGUGAGCAGGGUCAGGCCAGGAUAUUUCUCUGCCCCUCCCUGCCAGACCCCCCUACUGCCAUCUGGAGGUGGCCCAGGAAAAAGAGAAAAGGAGGCUGGAGAGGAGCAGGUGGGGGGGGCCACAAAGUGGGGGGGGACCACGGUGGUGGGGAGGGCAUGGAGGAGGAGGCGGCAAGUGGCACGCUCCUAGGGCCUGGAUCUGACUGCUUUGCCUCAUGGGCCAGCCAGCUCUGAAUGUUGUAAAAUGCAACUGUGGUUUGGGGGGGGUGAGUUUGUUUCUCAAUUUCUAAAAUGGAAAGCUUUGUAUCUAAGCCUGUAUGGCUGUCACGUGGAUUUGACUAACCUUCCCAGACUUGGAGGAUUCUCUUCCUAUCUUAGGCAAAAGAGGCCAGUUAUGUUUAAUCACGUGUGUGAUGUUCUCUGCACAUGAGCAGAGGUUAUGGCUUCACAUUUUCAGGAUUGAAUCAUGGGUUGCAAAUAUGUUCUUCUGUGCUCCGGCUCAAGUGAAACCAUCAUUUUUUUAUUCCAUUGGCUGGAAUAUUUAGUACGUUUGAUUUGGAGAAAUAAAUGUUUGGAUUAAUGAGAAGUUAGUUUGAUUUUUGGGCGAGGGAGCAAAGUGGCAAGCAAGGGUCCUCAUAUUUUAACAUUUGUGUGUGUGGCUCUGUAGUGGGGUGGGGGCUGUGGCCAGGCCUAGACCCAGAGACCGCUGAGGGGAGGAGGAGGGAGGCCUGAUGUGGCUCUUAACUCACCAUGGGGAAGAAGCGGGGUCCUCUCAGCUGGCCAGCCAGCCACCCGCCAGACUGACAGGCAGACUGUUCACCCACUCCCGCAGCACAUGCCCCAACCCACCGCCCCGGACAUUUUUCAAAAUUUAAAUCCACCAAGAUGGUGAUUUUGCCUUUGGAAUACCAGGCGUGUUCAGGGGAAUCUGGACGUAUGACAACCCUGCCAGUAGCAGGGAGGGCAAAAGGCCACUGAGCAGUGGAUGUAAACGUCAUACCAUAAGCUAGUUUCUACGCACACUCAGGAUCCAUUCUCUAAUCUCUAUCCAGGCAAGCAAAAGCCAUUAUCUGAGUUCUGGGACACACUCCAAACAGCCAGGGUGGUUUUGAAUCCCCGCAACGGGGUGAGCUCCCGUUGCUCGGUCCCUGCUCUUGCCAGCCUAGCAGUUUAAAAGCACGUCAAAGUGCAAGUAGAUAAAUAGGUACCGCCCCGGCGGGAAGGUAAAUGGCGUUUCCGUGCGCUGCUCUGGUUCGCCAGAAGCGGCUUAGUCAUGCUGGCCACAUGACCCAGAAGCUGUACGCCGGCUCCCUCGGCCAAUAAAGCGAGACGAACGCUGCAACAGUGGAUCUCAGGAAUGAUACAGCCACUGUAUCACAGGAAUGAUAACAGCCACUGCGUAUUUCCUUAGGCACAUUGCUCUCUCUGAAUUACAGAACUGGAGAGAUGGAAGAGACUCCAAGGGUCAUCUAGUCCAGGUCCCUGUAAUGCAGGAAUCCUGCCCACAGUCAUCCCUGGGCGGGCUCAAACAGCCAGAUGAAAUGACCCAUUGUUCUACAAAUAUAUAUACAUUCAAGAAUUUGUACAUUAUAACAUGUUAUAGAAAUGAUUAGCAACAACAAGUUUGGAUAUCUAUACAAACCUGUAUACAACAGGUUUGGAUAUCUGCAACCCCAGAGUUGUCCAUGACUGGACCUAAUGGUCAGGGGUCCCUUUACGCUUUACACACACUCAGGAGCCCUUCUCUCAUCUCUAUCCAGGCAAGCAAAAGCCAUUAUCUGAGUUCUGGGACACACUCCAAACAGCCAGGAACACUCAAGAAGGGUGUGCAAGGGCCAAGGCCUGGGGAAAGGGCAGAAGGCUGGCUAGAGAGUCCCAAGGCCCAGCUAGGGAGGCCUAGAGGGCCAUAUUUGGCCCCUAUCCCUGAGCUUCCCCAUUCCUGGUGUAGAAACUAGCUACUGUACCAAAGUAAAGAGCAUUUGCCUCUGACCCCCGUGGUAGGAGGAGAAUCUUUGGUUUCUAAGGAAUCAUAGAAUCAUAGAGUUUGAACGAACCCCAAGGGUCAUCUAGCUCAACCCCCUCAACUAAGCAUCCAUGACAGAUGGCUAUCCAACCUCUACUUAAAAACCUUCAAUAAAGGAGAGUACACAACCUCCUGAGGGAGACUGUUUCACUGUCAAACAGCUAUUACAAUCAGAAAGUUCUUCCUCAUGUUUGGUUGGAAUCUCCUUUCUUGUAAUUUGAAUCCAUUGGUUCGGAUCUUCCCUUCUGGAGCAGGAGAAAACAAGCUUGCUCCAUCUUCCAUGUGACAGCCCUUUAGAUAUUUGAAGAUGGCUAUCAUAUCUCCCAGUCUCCUCUUUUCCAGGCUAAACAUGCCCAGCUCCUUCAACUAUUGCUCAUCAGGCUUGCUUUCCAGACCCUUGGUCCUCUUGGUCGCCCUCCUCUGCACAUGUUCCAGCUUGUCAACAUCCUUCUUAAACUGUGGUGCCCAGAACUGGACACAGUAUGUCAGGUGUGGUCUGACCGAGGCAGAGGAGAGUGGUACUAUUGCUUUCCUUGAUCUGGAUAUUGUACUUCUGUUGAUAGCAUUAGAAUUUUUUUGCUGCUGCAUCACACAGUUGACUCAUGUUAACCUUUAAGAUCCCUAAGUCCUUUUCACAUGUUCUACUAGUAAGCCAGGUGUCCCCCAUCUUAUGCAUCCUGUUCUUCCUGCAUAAGUAUAUAAUCUUACAUUUGUCCCUAUUGAAAUCCAUUUUGUUAGUUUGGGCCCAGUUCUCCAAUCUGUUGAGGUCAUUUUGAAUCCCGAUUCUGCCUUCUUCGGCAUUCGCUAGCUCUCCCAGUUUGGUGUCAUCUGCUGUUGCUGCUGCUGCUGCUGCUAGUAAUAAUAAUAAUAAUAAUAUUUUUAUAUCCUGCCCAUCUGGCUGCGUUUUCCCAGCCACUCCAGGUGGCUUCCAACAAAAUAUUGAAAGUACAAUAAAACAUCAGACAUUAAAAACUUCCCUAAACAGGGCUGCCUUCAGAUGUCUUCUAAAAGUCUGGUAGUUGUUGUUCUCUUUGACAUCUAAUGGGAGGGCGUUCCACAGGGCGGGCGCCACUACUGAGAAGGCCCUCUGCCUGGUUCCUUGACGAGCACCCCCUCAAUUCCUUUGUCCAAGUCGUUUAUAAAAACAUUGAACAACAAUGGGCCCAGGAUGGAACCCUGCGGUGCCUGCUUGUCCCCCACUUGACAAGGAAAGUGGCUGAUCAAGGGGGGAAAGUAGUCAAUGGGAGGGCAGCCAUCUCCACAGCCGGUAAUAUGUGAUGGCCUAUGACCCAAACAUUAAUAAACUAAAUCUACAUCUCAGCCAGUAGAAGGAGCUCUGCUGUGGCAGCUAAGGAGAUGGGGAAUCCCGAAGCCUGUGACCAUGGUUAGAGAAAGUUGGCCUCAUCAGACAUCCUAUGAAGAGAGUGAGGAGGGAUUUGGAUGCCUGUGAAUCUGUCAGUAAAGCUCUUUAUUUGCAUGCAUGCUUAGCCAUGUGCUUCCCUGUGGAACCAUGAAGGGAGAUGGGCAGGGAAAUAAACAUUAAGGCUGCAGUCAGUGUUACUAGGCACCUUCAGUAAAGCACUUUUCCACCAACUUUAGAAUAUUUUGUAUUUGCUCUACCUUCGUAUUUACUUCAGCAGUCAAAAUGGACAUGCCAAGCGCUUAAACAGAUUGCUCAUUUUGGGAGUUUGGGGCUACCAGAGCGAGAAACAAGAUAUUAGAUGGCAAGGUGCUGUCCCCUCUUAAUUAAGCAGUAUUUGGGGGGACUGAUUAAGUUCGGCAACCAAGCUAUCACUAAUUCUCCAUGAUAAUAGACAGCACUUCUGAGAACAAGCCCCUUCGGUACCCUAAAAUUGAUCUGACCCUGAGGACUUGAACUUGUUUAAGGUGAAUAGGUGUUUUUUCCUUGUCAAAUUUGAAACUGCGGUACUGACACAUCCUACAGAAGUGGGUAGAGCUGAAAAGCAACCUUCCCAGUAAGUGUGUCACGGCUGCUUACUGGGAAGGUUAGAGGGGUUCUGUGCGCAUCAGAUUGGUUCCACCAGUGCAGUAACUGCACUAACCUUCCCAAUACCUCUCUCCUCCCCCUCCAAGCAAGAGGAGGUGUCACACCAGCUGGGAAACUAGCAUUGUGGCUGCCCACCCCCACCCCACUGGCUGCUUCUAUUUUUCAUGCUGCCGAUGCAAGAUUGCAUGUAAUUCCCCCUCUGGGAGAAUAGAAAAGCAAAAAACGGAGUUGAGCAGUUCCGGCAUCUAAUAGUUGGCCCUUAACAUUCCACAAUCCUUAGGAAGCAAUGAUACUACCACUUCCACUUUCUCUUGUUCUGAGUAUACAUGAACAAACCCCCCCCCCCAGCAUCCCUCUCCCUCAGUUUGCUUUGAUCUUUAGCUUACCUGAUACCAUCUCUACAGGUGUGGGCUACUUGUCUGUAUUUACCGUUAGUGACUUUCACCUCUUAGGCAUGCUCCCUUGCUUUUUUUAUUCAUCUCCCCACUAAACUUUUUAUGCAACCACAUUGGCCUUUUUUAUAUUUUUCCUAUUUUUUUUGUUUACUGGUCCCCAUCCCCGUCCCCCGAUUAUGCCUUUAGUAACAUUUUCUCCAGGAACUCCCAUUCAUCUUGGCCUCCUUCCCUCAUUAAUGAACCUAGUCUUUCUCUGAGCUUAUUAAAAUCAGCUUUUUUUCUGAAAUCCAAGCAACAUGUUUGCAUUAAGAUCAUAAAUUCCAGCAUUACAAAGUGACUUCCCCCAAGUGUUCCUUCUAAUCAUUCCCUUGCUUACGUGUAAGAGGUAACAGUUGCUAUGCUUGCUUUCACUGGGCACUCUCUUAAUUGCCAAGGGAGGUUUGAAAGUAGCAGGCUGCUGGCAGCUAGCUUCCGUCUCCAGGAGCAGCAGUGAGGGUGGAGCUCUUUGUAUACUGGGUAGCCAUGGAACUUAGGUGAGUGAAAUGGGUAGAAAACCUGUCCAACAUGUCUGACUUUACGAUGGAGUAAUGGAACUACAGUGUUCGGAAUUUAGACAGCUCGUGGGACUAUUUGCUGCUCUGCAAACUUAAUUACGAUGCUCUCCUUUUUAUAAGCAAAGUGCCCGGUGUCUGCAUCAUUAAGAUGGAAUACAUAUUUCUCGUCUUGUAUUUUUCUUUUUUCCUCUGUCUCUGUGCUCUGGUAUGCCUGUAUUUUUCGGGCUGUCAAGAAAUGACUUACAAGCAUGACGGUAAGAAACUCUGAGCUAUUUGUUCAUAUUCUUGCGAUGCUGAAUUUAGUUUGAGUUUCUACCCUGUUACUUCGUUAAUGACGUAAAAAAUGUAAAGUGAAGUAUAUGAAGUUACUGAAGUGAAAAGAAGAGAAAAGGAUGUUUGUUUGUUUUUUACACAGUUUAGCUCCUGUUAGUUAGUUAGUUAAUUUAUAUAUUGCUCUUCAUAAGAUUUCAGGGCAGUUCACAGAAUAAACAGCUAAUCAUUCAGUUUUCAAUGAUGUUCAGACCAGUUCUUGUGCAAGAAAAUCCCAGUGGAUUUUGCCCCUUGUCUUCAGAAAUAAGACAUCAUUUGCUCAUAAAGAGCUCUUAUGCUUUAAUCAAAGUGGUGUCGCCCAGUGGUGAAAUGGAUAGCAUGUUCUAAACCUUUUUGGUGGCUCUCAUAAAUUUACUGUGGAUCUUUUGGGGUGACUUAUAAAAUGUAUGUUGCUGCUUUGUUUUGGGAAAAUAUAAACACAAAGGGUACAGUGGAUGAAUUUUGACAGAAGAGAUUUUAAAACAAAAUAAUGAUAUAGAAAUGCUUUAAAUAAAUGAUAAGGCCUUUGAAGUAAACCAUGCCAUUUCACUCUAUUUUUCCUCCAUUAUUAUUUUUUUUACUGUAGUUUUAAAAUGUUAUUCAUUAAAGAAGAGUUGUUAAAUGUUACCACUACUGGUCCACCUAUUUAAGUGCUUAUCUGAUGAAUACGGAGCAGUUGUGUUGUAAAUUACAUUGCAGGUGUUGCAUAAAUCCCAUGGUGCACUUAACCUCAUAAUAAUGGUGGUGUGUUAAUUUUCAUUUUAAUGAAUACAUUUCUCUUACACGGAAAUAGUCUGUGUGUGAUGCUUUCCAAGCAUUUUUCAUAUACUGUAAAGCAUAUUAAUUGGCACUCAAACGUUAUGGGCCAUUGAUUAAUAAUGUAGGGAGGAGGACCAUUGUGUGUGUUUUGGGGCUUGGAGGUCCUACCCCUCUUGUCUCAAGCCCUUUUGUGCUUUCUUCUGCCUCUUCACUUCUUUGCACAGCUGCCACUGUUUUCUACAUUGCCAGGUCUUUGCUUCCACACGAAUAAAAAUAAUAACUACUUUGUUAGUUGCCCAUACAGUUAUGUUGAAGGUGUGAAAUAUAAAUUAUGUAAAUAUAAAAAACCCUCUUCAUUCUAACACAUUUCUAACUCCUAGUCUUCACACUCCCAUUUACAAUUUCUAUUCUUGUGUGCGUGAUCUCCUCCUCCAAAUCACUUUUUGAGGUGGUCUUACACAUUCACACAUACAGUGUCCUCCAGGCACAACAGCACUCAUGGCAUUUCUAGACAGCAGUCUAGAUUAGGGAUUAGGUGCCUAUGGGAGAUGGUGCUAUUUAAAGGGCUAAUCCCCACCACAAAAGAAUUCCUAUAAUUAUCUGUUUCUGGUUGGGCUAUCAACACUAAAGAGCUGUUUAACCAAAGAACCACAAGACACAAUUGUAAAAACUCUUUGUAGGAGGCACAGUUUUACUUCUGAGUUAUAAAUAUGGUGUUAUGUGCAACAAAACACAGCAAAGCUGUUAGAAGUAUUUUGAAGCUCUAGUUCUGUUCUUUCUUUUGGUCGUAACACAUACUCUGCUUAAGGCAGGGGCGUCUUACCCAUAGCAGCUAGUGGCACAGGGCCCAAGUUCUGGAGGGCGCCAGGGAAGAGGCGGAGGCUGAAUGGGGUGCCUCCCGGCAUCAGCUCGCCGCCCUCGCCCACCUCCGCCAUGCCGCGCCAAAGCAGCACCGCGCCCGGAGCCUCCAUCUAUCGUGGCCACCAUGGCACGAAGCGGCCAGCUGAGCCGGAGGCGCCGCGUCCAGCCUCCGCCUCUUCCCCGCCGGAGGAGCAACCCUCCAGCCGCUGCCCGCCUCCUCCAGCCCCUCCGGCAGCGCUGUCCUCCCUAAAAAACUCUGGGAAAUGGGGGGCGCCGGAGGGAGCUUUGCACUGUUACCGGAAAAAUCCGAGGGCUCCCUUGGACAAAAAGUAAAGACACCAACCAGAGUAAAUUGGAGCAAAUCAGCAGCCUGUAGGCUUGGCCUUUAUUGAACUGUUGCAACAGGGUGCUCCCCUCACUUGCAAGAGAGAGGAAAGACCCAGAAAAAUGGUGUGCAAGGUCUUAUAAAGACUUUUGAAAUUGCCACCCUGUAGGUCAAGACCAGAAACAUCAUUCAUACAUUACAGAAAGGAGGGGUUGAGGGAGGAGUUGUGGUGGUAACCUGAGUGUCCUGUCACCUGGCUGGUUCCCUUCUCCCCCUCCCCAUGAGUCAUUUUCAGAAGACAAAAGGUAGUUGCAGUUUCCUGCCCCCUGAGGGAAGAUCUGAUCAUUGUCCUUUGUUCCAGUCCAUGCUGAAUCCACUCCCAUAUGGAAGUUCUUUGUGAUCUUGAUCUAGGAUCUUGUCUAGGACCAUCAGGGUUGGCAUAGCAACUGGGCAGGGCUCCUGUGGAUGUGCUGGGAUGUUCAAGGGAUUAUGGCUGGCCUGUAUCAAACCUUUCCCAUUUUGUAGUCCUUCCUUGAUGGAGUAAAAUAAAAGUGGAACAGUGCAAAUCUGAUGUAUGGUUGAUUUUCUAUGAAUUUAUAACAGAAGCGUAGCAUAUGUAGUGUGUGAGUGUGAGUGUGUGUGCAGUUUGUACAAACUGAAUGAUGGGGGGGGGGUUUUCCUGCUACAGCACCACGGCACCGGAUAUACUUAAGACGGCCCUGGCUUAAGGUGAGGAUUUUUACUACCUGGUAUUUGAACGCCAGAGCUCAAGCUGAUGUGCAAUUGUGGGCAAGAAAUCUUCAUUUUUGCAUUUCUUGGAAUUGUGGCAGAGUGGUGUCAUGAGCCCCAUAAUGCUGACUGCCUCAGGGCUGGGGCGGCAAUUGCUGUCAGAUGAGGAAGACAAGAAGGGUGCAGAUUGCAGGGAGAGGCAUUGGAGGGAAGACAGGCACCAUGUCCCUUUUACCUUUGGAGGCAGUCCUGAUGACUUCCUGUCCUGCCCCCUCCAUGAAGCUGAGUGAUGGCCUAGCAGUGGGGGAGGCUGCAGAAGAGGUGGCUGCAGCAACUGCUGCACUCGUCGUAGGCCAGAUCUGCCACCUGAGGUGACUGCCUUACCUUGCCUCCUGGGUGGGUCGCCCCUGGAUGAGAACCAGGGCGGGGGGGAGAGGGUUACAGUGGUGCCCCGCAAGACGAAUGCCUCGCAAGACGGAAAAACCGCUAGACGAAAGGGUUUUCCGUUUUGAAGUUGCUUCGCAGGACGAAUUCCCCUAUGGGCUUGCUUCGCAAGACGAAAAUACCUUGAGAGGCUUGAGAUUUUUUUCGCUUUCCCCCUUUAUCUAAUCUGCUAAGCCUUUAAUAGCCUUUAAUAGCCUUUUAGCAGCUAAUCCCCUAAGCCUUUAAGCCUUUAAUAGCCGCUAAACCGCCAGUAGCGCUAAUAGCGCUAAUCCGUCAAUGGGCUUGCUUCGCAAGACGAAAAAACCGCUAGACGAAGACUCUCGCGGAACGGAUUAAUUUCGUCUUGCGAGGCACCACUGUAUCUGUGUUUUGCCCUAGCAUUGUGCCCUUCUUUCCUAAUUACAUGAACUCUGUCCUUCAUUUCAGGCAUUUAAUCAUAUUAUAACUGGUUUCUCGUUUUCGUGAUGUGCAAAGGGUAUCUAGUGCUGUGGCUAAUCCAAGCCCCCAGCUAUGCUUCUUUUGAGAAUUUAAGCUGGGGGUUGGGAGCCUGAGGCCCACCAGAUGGUGCUGGACUUCACCAGGCCCAACUAGCAUGGCCAGCAGUCAGCGCUGAUGAUGGGGAGCUGCAGUCCAGGAACAUCCCUGACCUGAUGUAAAUUAUUAGCCUAUUGUAGACCUGCCAUGUUAUAUUCCUAUGGAAGUGUGGUGUCUAAACAUUUGAAUAAAAAUAAAAUGCCUUGAUAACAAAGACUGGCCAACUAAGCAGCAAUGACUCCAUCUACAGGAGCGCAUCUUAAGGCUUCUGUUCUUUUGCAGCUGUUUUGCCCUAGGUGGCAUCAGGUGGUGGCAGGUGGACAUGGCUUGCGGAAAGUGGUAUCACAGCUCAAAUUAGGACCCCUUUCAUUAGAACUGCAGACCCAUUGAUUUAACCCCUUCUCCUCUGAAUGUUUCAGUUUUCUCUUAGCUGCACACUCAAAUUUAUUUUCAUUUUAACUUAGUGCACAUUAGUUAGCAGCUGUGCGGCAUAAAUGAAGAGCUUUGGUUAGUACAUGACAGGCACUCUUUUUUCUGGACUAGCAUAGCUUGGCCACUGUGGUCUGUGUAUUGGAAGCGUUGCAGUUGGGUUAUUGCAAUGCACUUUUUGUGGUUCAGAAGCUGCUACUUGUGCAGAAUAUGGCUGUUAAUGUCUUCACUGGGAUAUCAAACUGCACACAUACUACACCAAUGCUAAAAGAACUGCACUGGCUGCCUAUUAGCUAUCAAGAUCUUGUUAACAUAUAAGGCUUUGCACCACUUUGGAUCAGGUUAUCAAGUAGAUUUCCAUGCGUUCACUGAGAACAUCAAAGGAGACUCUGCUGGCCGUGUCGCAGCCUGCAGACUACAAUCUAGUGGCAGUUUUGAAGUGGACCUUCUCUGUAAUGGUUCCCGUUCUCUGGAAUAUCCCCCCCCCCCCCGGCACUCUAGGGACUCAGCUACAUUAGUAAAGAAAAACCAUUUUAUAUGCUUUAUAACACUGUUACACCAGAUGGUGCUGUGGAGUCCUGUCUUCUGUAAACAUGAUUUCCCUUUACGAAGUUUACAACGUGUUUAACUGAAACGCUUUUUAGAUGUGUCUAGAUCCAGCCUAGGAGACCGUGUAGUGCGUUUCAAGUGCUUACUGAAAACAUAUCUUUGUGUGUGGGCAUUCCACAACUGUUGAUUGCUGGAUUGUACUGAUUUUUAUUUUUAGUAUUUUAUAGGCAAAGAAUUAAUUAAUUAAUUUGGUUGCUAUUUAUCUUUUUUUUUUUUUGUGUGUGUAAUAUUUAUCGAGAGUUUUAGAGUUUUUGACUCCUUAAUGUUGGGGUAGCCAAUACGGUGCCCGUCACACAUUCUUGGACUGCAACUCCCAGUAGCAUCAGCCAGCAAGACCAGUGGUUAGGGUUCAUGGAAGUUGUGCCAGGUUGUUCACCCUUGCCUUGUGGGUAGUCCUAACUAUAGGAAGCCAACCUAACUUAGGCUGGUGCAAGUUAUCUCUAUUCCAAACUCUGUUCAGGAGCCUCUGGCAUGGACUGAGUUUUGAGGCUUGGGCCCUAGGUCACAAGGGCAGGGCUUGGAAUAGGUGUAAGUUAUUGGGACUUACACUGGCACAAGCGUAGACCUGGUUGAACCCCAUAGCAGCAGGGAAAGCCCAAGAUGUCUCAAAUUCAAACUCUCUUAUCCUGGUGGAUCUUGGGUUUGUAUUGUUGCUGAUCACAUUGUGGAAGAGGACAUGGAAAAUACUUCCCUAUGCCUUUGCUUGAGAGACUGUGGCUGAGGUGCAUAGUUUGUGGAUAGUUAUUUUGGUGCUAUGCUGAGGACCAGGUAGGACUCCUUUGGCCUCCGAUUGUUGUCACCUUCCUUAGAGACAGAAAUAAAGGCCCUUUGAUACAGCUCUUUGAAUAACUUGCUUGUCUAUAACAAAGUGCAUUGGUCUUAUUUCAGAGGCAUGUUGUGGAGACAUUUUUUGGAUUUGACGAAGAAUCCGUGGAUUCAGAAACAUCAUCAGUAACUUCCUAUAAUACAGAUAAAACGGACAGGACUCCAGCUACACCAGAAGAAGACUUGGAAGAUGUAAGCGCCUGUGACUUUGAUAUGGCAUACUGUCAUGGACUGGUUGGACGUAGAGGAAUGGUGGGAGGCACCAGCUGGGGAGAAGGCUCAGAGCCUGGUGGGACAAGGGGGAGAAGAGGCGUCGGAAGCUGCAGAGAUAACAGGGCUGGGUGCGUGGGGGGAGUCUGUGAGAAGAAGUCCCAAAUCAGAGGCAGAAGCUGAAAGUUAGCUUCACAUAGGUGCAAUCUCAAGAUUGCUUGGGGAAAAUCCUGAAGAGGAGAGGACUUAGGAAGCUGUGGGGAGAUGAGGACCUUCAGUCUCAGCAGCUGCCUCAUGGGGGCAAGACCUGCUGGAGACGAGUUGCUGUCCUCAUGAGGCCUGACGCUCAUGUGCAGAUUGUGUUUUUGCUAGUAAAGAGUUAACUCCAACUUGCUCAGUGGGGUUAACUGCUGGCUCACUCCUGUCACAUGCUUAUGUCUCUCCCAAACUCAGAGCAAUUGGAAGAAUGUGGUCCCAAGGGCAGUUCCCAGUGUUGCCAUGGUACUUGAAGGUAGUACACUUCGUAUAAACUGAGUCCACAGGAAAGUCUUCACUGGAAGUACCGGUACAGAAAGCUGCUGGAGAAGAAACACAGGGAUCGAUCAGUCCCUCUUCUCGUCCUCCCUCCUCCUCCUCUCUCUGCAGGCAGAAUGGGGGGAUGUAAGGCCGAGAGGGCUGAGGAGGAGAGGCUGAUGGCCAGUUCGAAAUAUGCUUCAGGGGGUGUCUAGAAGUGCUGAGGGCCAGUGAUUCCCCACCUUCCCUAAAGGGUUGUGCCCAUGUUUUAGGGAUGCUCUUGGAUCCAGCACUUGUCGCUAGGCCAGAGGCUCAGAGCACUUUUAUCCUCUAUGGCUGAUAUACCAGCUGUUGCCUUAUCUGGACUGGGAUAGCUUUGCUCUGAUAGACUCUUAUUUGGAUUACUGUUGCUUGUGGGGCUGCCUUUGAAAAUGGUCUGGAAACUUUAGCUGGUGCAUACUAGGGGGCCAUGUGCUUCCAGUCAAUUUCAGGAUCCAAUUUUAAGAGCUGGUAUUCGGUGCUCAUCUCGCUUUACUGGCCGAUGGAGCUGGCGUACAGCUUCUGGGUCAUGAAGCCAGCAUGACUAAGCUGCUUCUGGCGAACCAGAGCAGCGCACAGAAACGCCGUUUACCUUCCUGCCGGAGCGGUACCUAUUUAUCUACUUGCACUUUGAUGUGCUUUAGAACUGCUAGGCUGGCAGGAGCAGGGACCGAGUAAUGGGAGCUCACCCCGUCGCGGGGAUUCGAACCGGCAACCUUUCAAUCGGCAAGCCCAAGAGGCUCAGUGGUUUAGACCACAGCACCACUGUUCCUGCGUCCCUAUUAUAGGAAAUAAAGAUGGUUAUUACCAAUGUAAUAAUGAAAGAGAUUGGAAGCACAAGUGUGGGGGAGAGAUCUGGUGUGGUGGUGAUGGCUGGUGUCAAAGUUGGAUUGGGGAGACCAUGUUCCAGUCCCCACCCAGCCAUGAAACUCACUUUGGGCAUCACCCUUUUGCAGCCAAUUCUGCCCUGUAGGAUAAAGGGGAGGGCCGGAGACACUAUCAUUUUAGCAAGAGUGGGAUAUAAAUCUAACAAACACAUAAACAACAUUUUCAUGUUCACAGCAAGGCCUUGACCCUUAAAAAGGCUGGGACUUCUCCAUUAUGUUGACCUUUUACAAUAUUUAAUGUACUGGUUAGGGGGCUAACCAGGCUGGGAUAACUGGGAUAGCAGGCUUGUUGGUUUUUGAAUGUCUGGUGUAGAUUUUUUCAAUUUCGUUGUUCUGUAUGGGACAAUGACAAUAAAGAUUAUCGUAUCAUAUCGUAUCAUACUGAAACUAUAGCUAAGUUUGUGUUUCAGUCAUCACCAAAAGUAUCUUGAUGUUUGCAAUUUCAGGACAUGGCAAAAAAGUGUAAAAAGACUUAGCUAGAAUGGCAUGUCUGCUAUAAUUUGUUUAUUUACAGAGUUCUUUCUUUUUUAAAAUGAUGACGGUAAUCUUUUUUUUUUACAUUUCUUUAAAGAGCACCCCUAAAGAAGAAGCUGAUUUGCGGUUCUGUCAGCUAACCAGAGAAUAUCAAGCUUUGCAAAGAGCAUAUGCAUUGCUCCAGGAACAGGUCGGGGGAACCCAGGAUGCAGAAAGAGAAGCAAGGGUAACUUUUUUUAAUGUGGCUUUGCAAAAAAUAAAAUACAGGUUCUUUCAGUUAAUUUGAGAUAUGUUCAGUUUUGAAAUGCCCGGGCUUUGCCUGUUUAACUCCUUUGCUCUGUCUGAAUGCAUGUUGCCUGAUUUUUUUUAAAAGCACUCUUUACUUUCUUUUAAAGUUUUACCUUUGGUAUAUAGUCACUCUUAGUUGGUAAGGGCAUUUGCAUUUGCUUUGGAAACAUCUUUUUUGUGUGGAUCCUGACUUCAGAGUCGGAUCCAAUAAAAUUACAGACUGGAUCUCAAAUUUGUUGCAUUCUGGAAUUGACAAUUUCAAGCUGUGAAGUGGAUCUGAAAAGUCACUGAGCAACUUGAUAUGUAUGUUUGUAAUAUUUUUAUCCAGGAAGUUUGUAAUGUUUGAAGUUUUAAUCUGUUUUUAAUAUUCUGAUGGAAGCCACUCAGAGUGGCUAGGGAUACCCAGCCAAAUGGGUGGGGUAUAAAUAAUUUAUUGUUUGUUUGUUGUCAAUUUAAGGCACAAUGUUCCUAAAAUUGCUUUAUACUAUCAUCUAAUAAUAAGAAGAAUCAAUAUUUUAAGGUGAUGCACUUCUUGACCUAAUGGAGCUUAGAAAUGUUCCAGUAAGUCCUGGUGCUGAAAUGCUGGAUUCCUCUUAGGUGGAGCACAAAGCCCAUCACCAGAAAUCAGGUUAAUCUGAUUUGGGCAGCAACACUAUUCCUUGGUAAUUUGAACCCUUUCCCAUUUUACUUUGAAGCAUGUUUUAAGGCAGAGUGUCCAUCAGCUUGAUAAUGCAGUUUAUUGACGUUCCCUUUAAAUCAAACUGGACAAAUUUUAUUCUCCAUAAUUCUUUUUCCAUCAUAGAAUUGUAGAGUUGGAAGGGACCCCAAGGGUCAUCUAGUUCAACCCCCUGCAAUGCAAGAAUCUCAUCUAAAACACCCUGACUAACUUGGGUUUACUGCCAAACCCAACAUAGUAUUUACGGAGUGUCAGCGUAGUUGGCCCCCACUACCGCUUUCAAAACAGUUACUGAUUUUGUUACAUAAAUCCUACUGGAAAUGCUGAGUUUUGCAAUGAUUAAUUGUGCACAAAGGCAGAAUAUAGUAGAACCUCCUAUAUCCCAGUUGUUACCAUGACAUCAGUUAAGUAUUCUUCAAACUCUCUAUUCAGACACGGGAACAACUACAAGCUGAUCUUCUCAGGUGCCAAGCAAAAAUUGAAGACCUGGAGAAAGCUCUGGUUGAGAGAGGACAGGUAAAAGACUCUCUUCAUACUUUCCGUCAGUUCAUUCUCUCUUCUGCAUGCAGUGCUGCUCUUAUCAUCUUCAUUGCUUCCUGGUACAUUGCUGUGUUUGAUGUACAAUAGAUGAAAUGGGGAAAAACAAUUGUAUUAAAUGGAAUUAUAUGUACUGGGGAGGAGGCCUUAAAAGUAGUGAAAUAAUAAAAACACAUUAAGGUUGAUAUCCUUCCUAAUACAGUCAAAUAGCAUCUUGAAGAUUCCCACCAAGACCCUUACAGAAGAGAACUUCGACUGAUGACGUCAGCUAUGUAUUUUCCAUCUCCAUGAUGUAGUAGUUUAGGCACUUGCUCAAAACAUUUGUGUUUGUUUUGUGUUGUCUUUGUAAGCAGGCAAAUGACCCCAUGUUUGCAAACAGCAUGCUGUAUUCCUUUAUCAAAGAACACAGGAAGAUUCUGUAUCAUAUAGAAAGGUUAUGACAUACAAGCUUAAGACAAUUCAAAAUUUCUUAGUAACAACAGAUCACAGAUAUAGAAGAUUCCUUAGGAAGUUAGUUUUUCUAGAACUCAAGUAAAAACUGUAGCUCUUCAUUUUGCAUAAGGAACCUCAAACUGUAGCAUGCACAGUUUUUAUUUAGUGAUGGGGGAAAUCCAUAAUUUUACGAAGACUGCACACUAGAUUUGUGGGGUCCAUUUUAUUCAGCCCCAUUUGGGAGUUUGUGGUCCCACAAAGGCCUACUAGUGCUCAGCACCCCUCCCAUGCCCCCUCAUGUUGUACCCUUUGCUAAAGACAGGGGGGCCAUGUGGGUCAGACCUAUGCUGAAAAGGCCAGUGAGCCUAAGGAGGUAUUAGGCACUACUGCAGAUGUAUAGCACUUCCAGGUUGGUUUGCUGUCAUGGAAAGGGUCAUUAUUUUUGAUGCCGAAGUACCCAGAGUAUAUCCUGCAAUCAUGGCAGCACCUGGUCCUCUCUAGUCCAGCAUCUUCCCUGGCUUGGAUUAGGACUUCUCCACUGCCUUCUAUCUCUGGAAAGAAUUGAGAAGUGGGGGUCAAGUGCCCUGACUCUUGGGGAAGGGCAGUGUUCCUAGAGAGGCCUUGGCCACUGCUAUGCACCUCUCACACAUUCUGGUGGCUUACAUUCUUCUGCUGACAUUCAGAACGAGUCCUCCUGCUGCUAUAGCAGUAGAACGCGGGUUAGAAGAGACAAUGUCAGGCUCCAAGCAGUCUUACUGAUCCUGGCUCAGCUCUGCUGCAUUUGGGGAGGCAAGACUCAAACUUGCAUAUUUCCUAACAGAAACUAAGAUGGUUUUGGUUCUGAUUCCUUGCUCUUCUUACCUUUAUAAGCAUAGGGAUGCUAUGUUUGCGGUCAAAUGGUACAUGCCAUAUAUAUAUAUAUAUAUAUAUAUAUAUAUAUUUAAUCAAACCGUUAACAUAUAGGAAAUGGCUGCCUUUGCAUGAAGGCCAGUUUAACAUUUUUGAGUGGAGGAGCUUCCUUGCAAACACCCUCAAGGUAUUCAGUCCAAAUGUACCUCUCCAGGGCUGCGGUCUGGGCGGUGGGUGGGACCCAGUUUUGCUAAUUUACGGCAGGGGUCAGCUGUGUAUAACUCGGUGGAUAUCUCUAAUGUCACUGAGAAGCACCUCUCCACAAUUCCCAGAACAGUACAGCUUUUUAAAAAAUAAAAUAAAAAAUAUCAUUUUAUUUUGUCAACAGAGAAGGGGAAAAAAACCAAAUGUACACAAGCUCCACUUUUAAAAAUAAAAAGAGAGUGUCUCUCCUGAAACAUGGGGAGAAGUGACUGCACCAGCAUUCAGUUUGCUGCUACACAUUUCCAUUGGUAGCAAAUCAUUCUCACUGUGGGACUUAGGGGCCACUCUGAGCUCUAUUUUACUGCUAGCCUUUUCUUUAUGUACUACUGUAUUCAGCUGUGGAAUGUUCCACAAUUGUGAAUGUCUCUUGAAGUUCUAGGAAAACACAAAACACUUUUUCUUCUUGGGGCAUGGUGUGUUUACUACUUAGUUCAGUACUAAAGUGAAACUGUUAAUAAGCAGUUCUUCAAAAUAAAUUUUGUUUUGCAACUCAUGAAGUUUUCUCGUGCAUGAUGUAAUUUAUUUAUGUUUAGUAAAAUGGUUGUUUUGCAGCAGAGCUAGUAGUAUUUUUUUAUCAUCAACGAAGUGACUGCUUUUCGCCUGAAUUGGCAAGCAGUUGUCUUUAUUCACGAAGAGAUUUAAAAUACUUCAGAUUGUCUCCAUCUCUUUAAAAAUAGGAAUGUUCUUCCCUAUCAUGAAAUCACUUAGUGAUUAGAAAAGUCCUAAGUACCUUGCAUACAUGAUCUCUGUUAGCUUUACAAAAUAAGAUAGACCGGUCUUGUCACCCUCAUAUUGUCACCCUUGUCACCCUCAUAUUGUCAAUGGCCGACACAAACUGUUAGGCAGCUUGCCUAAGCUCAGACUUUACUAGGUAGUCUAACAUCUAUGAAAUAAAUUAAAAAAUUGUCCAGUAGCACCUUAGAGACCAACUAAGUUUGUUCUGGGGAUAAGCUUUCGUGUGCAUUCACACUUCUUCAGAUACACUGAAACAGAAGUCACCAGACCCUUAUAUAUAGUGGGAGGGUGGGGUGGGUUUUUUUCCCCAGAAGGGUAGUAGGAGAUGGGUGAUUGACUCAUAUAUCAAGUAUUUGGUAGCACUCUUAAGUAUGUGAGCAUGUUCCUGCUUGCCCUGCUCUGAACGACUGCAGCUGCAAUUUAGCUGAGAAUCUGUACCUCUGUGUGAAGGUGUUACUUAUGACUAUCAUUUAAAGGCAGUACCGUAUGAGGCUGUGGAAGAGCUGAACUAGUGUUUGAUGACAGUAAUGGCCUGGAUGAGAGCCAGUGAACUGUUCUGUGAGUAGAUGGUUCUCCAGUUCAGGGAGAUGAUAGUCAGUUUUGGAUGAAGUUGCACUAUCGCUUAAGAAAGAGAUUCACACCUUGGUAACGGCCCUCAAUCUAAGCCCAGGUGACCUCUGUAGCACACAGUAGUACCUUUCGCCAGUUUGGGCUGAAGUGUCAGUGACCACCUUUCAUAGGCAGAUAGUCUGGCCAUGAUUAUCCAUGCUCUGGCAACAUCCUAUCUGGUUUACUCCAAUGCACAAUACACAGGGUUUCCUCUGAAAAAGGUUAAUGCAGAAUGCAGCAGUCAGAGUUUUGAUGGGCAUUGCUCACAUUGUGUAUUAAAUCUCUUCACUGAUUGCAUAUUCAUUUCUAGGCCCAGUUCAAAGCUAGUAGCUACUACUUAACUUUAAAUACCUAAUUGGCUUGGGACCCAAGGACUUAAAAGAGCAUCUCCUCCCAUACCUGCUUGCCCACACUAUAAUGUCAUUGACCAAAGCCUUUCUACAAACGCCACCUCCAUUAGAGUAGAGGUUUGUUUCAGUGGGCAAACUGAAGGGCAGGGCUUUUCUGGCAACCCGGGCAGUGCAGUAAGCUUCCCUAGAGUGGUACACUUGAAGCCAAUUUUGCUGCUUCGAUGCUGUGCAAUAACUUCUAUUCACCCAGAUAAAUUCAAAUCUCUUGAUUUUGAAUUCUACUUUUAUAUGUUCAUUGUUUUGCAUGCUUUUUUAUUAUUUUGUAAAUGUCUUGGUCAUUGACAAGUUGCAGUGUAUAUGAUUUUUAAAAUAAAUACAUUAAAAUACAUUAUAAUUCUAAAAAUUCUUUACAGGACUCCAAAUGGAUAGAAGAAAAGCAGGGGCUUAUCAGGACAAACCAAGAACUGCUAGAAAAGGUGGGUGAAAUAAAUGGUGCCUUCAAUGCUUCCAGUACUGAUUACAACUGCAUCCUUUGUGCUGAGUAACUCAAGUUUUUACAUUGAUAAUUUUGUUUUCUAAAAGUGUGUGAUUAAUACAAACACUGUUUUUGUUUAUUAAAUUCAUGUCCUUCUCUUUCCUCAAAGAAGCUGAGUUUCACUAGCCAAAAUGAAACUAUUAAGAGCCUUCAGAAAAAAUUAUAUAUAGCAUGUAGUAGGCAGUAAGGGAGAGGAUAACUGGAUUGUUAUAAUGAUAAAACUCUUUGGGUUCAGUCAGUCAACCAGCUGCAAAUCCACCUAACAGUUACCUUGUUCCACUAACAUUUUACCAGCUUCCUCACAAGAAUAUCAUAGGGGACUUUGUCCAAAUCCUUACUGAAAUCAAGAUACACUAUGACCACGGCAUUCCCCUAAUCCACCAACCUUGUAACUCCAUCAAACAAGAAAUGAGAUUAAUCUGGCAUGACAUUUUUGAGAAACCCAUGUUGGGUUUUGGUUAUCACAGCAUCUUUUUCUUAGUGCUCACAGACCGACUGUUUGAAUUAUCUGUUCUAGGACCUUUCCAGGUAUUGACGUCAAGUUCAUAGGUCAGUGGUUACCUGGGUCUUCUCCCCCCGCCCCACCUUUUGAAGAUGGGGACAACAUUUGCCCACCUCCAGUCUGCAGGGACCUCACCUAUUCUCCAAGAAUUCUUAAAGAUUAUAGACAGCGGCUCUGAGAUUACAUUCGCAAGCUCCUUUAGUACCCUUUGAUGCAGCUCACCAGGCCCUGGAGAUUUGAAUUCGUUUAAAGUAGCCUGGUGUUCCCUUACCACCUCUUUUCCUAUAUUGGGCUGCAGCUCCCUCCUUGCAUCAUUUAUUCUGUUAUCACCAGGUUGGGCAUUGCUUUCCUUUUAGGCAAAGUAGGUGUUGAAUAGUUCCGCCUUUUCUCUUUCUUCUCCAUGCAGAGGACCUACCACUUUCUUGUUCUUCCUCUUGCUUCAGACUUAACUGAAGAAACCUUCUUUAUUAUUUUUAACCUCUCUUGCAAUCCUGAGUUCAUUCUCAGCUUUGGCCCGCCUGAUCUUCUCCCUGUAACUGUUGGGUACUCAUAUAUACUCCUCCUUUGUGAUUUCCCCUUUCUUCCAUUUCUUAUACAUCCCCUUCUUACAUCUCACCUCACCUCACCUCACCUCAUCUCAUCUCAUCUCAUCUGUAAGCUCCUUAUGCAGCCACACCAGUUUAUUUAGAUGCCUCCCACUUUUCUAUCUUGUUGGAAUUGCCUGUCUUUGUGUCUUCAAUAUUUCAUUUUUAAGAAACUCCCAUCCAUUUUGGACUCCCUUCUCUUUCAGUAUUUCUGACUGUGGAAUCUCACCCAGUAGUUCCUUAAGCUUUUUGAAAUGAACCUUCUUAAAGUCCAAAUGCAUGCCCGACUACACUCAGGUUUCCCUUGCCCCUCUAUAUCAUGAAACCCAAGAUGACAUGAUCACUUCCUCCCAAAAUUCCCAGUACUUCCACUUGGUCAAUCAGUCCCUGCCUGUUGGUGAGGACCAGGUCCAUAAUCUUCUUCCACCUCCUGGGAAAAGAAAGUGUCAGCAAAGCAAUGGAGGAAUUUGUUGGACCUUACUUUCUUGGCAGAGUGAGUUCCAACAGAUAGGGGUAGUUGAAAUCUCCCAUGAUUACUGUUGUUGGCGGCGGCAUCUGUCUGUCUCAAGACAAUGGAGUGCACCUCGGGGGGUGAAGUCAAACUGCUGGAGAAUCGCACUGCUUGCUGUGGCUGCAGAGACUGGUAACUUGUAACAGCUGCCUUCUGUGUUCUUUUUGCAGUGUUAGCAGCACCAAAUUGGCUUCUUUGGGGUGCAAGCCUGGGAAGUAUGUAUGGAGGUCCUGGGCUGCUAGAUCUCUCCUGCUUGAGGCUUUUAAGCAGAGGUUGGAUGACCAUCUGUCAUGGAUGUUUUAGCUGAGAUUCCUAUAUUGUAGGGAGUUGGACUAGAUGACCCUUGGGUCCCUUCCAACUCUUAAGAUUCUAUUAUUCCUUUUUGAAUGUUUGGUAAUCUGAUGCAGGAAGACAUCACCCAAGUCUUCAGUCUGGCUUGGAGGUCUGUGUUACUCCUCUCUUCCUGUUUGGUCUGUUCCAUUUGAAUAGGUUAUACUCCUCAAUUUCUACAUUCUAGUCAUGAAUCUCAUCCCACCAGGUUUCAGUAAAGCCUAUUAGGUCAUCUUUGCCAUCCUGCAUUAAGAAUUUCAAUUUGCCUUGCACAUUUCCCAUACUCUGUGCAUUAGUACAGAGACAACUGAAGCCAUGAGUCAUUCUCUACAGCUGCUUCCUGUGCAUCAAUGAAGCAAUUAUCCCCAGUACCAGGUGUCCCCCUGUGGUCUGUAGUAUUGUCUCCUUCCCCCUCAUGAUUUGUUUUAAAGCUCUCCUGAACAGGUUCAGUUCUUGUUGGAAGUAGGCAAACAAGAUAUGAAUAACCCUCUCUGGUAGAUCACUUGGCAGCUCAUAUUCAGUGACUUACUGUUUCUCACCAUAGAGUUUGCAUAUACCCAUCCUGACCAUUAACUAGUUUUCUCUCUUCCAACCACUUGUUUUUUAAUGGCUCACUCCUAACUGCAGACUAUUUGUGAAUUAAAAGCAUCCGUCCCAAUACAGAUCCUCAGGAACUUCACUUCCUGCAUCCUACCAUUGUAAGAACGUUGCAAGAACUGUCCGAUUAGUCCCAAGAGCUGCUUCCCAAUACCUGAUCCACAAGAGGACCUUUGCUCUUAUCUCAUAACUGCUAAGUUUACCGUAUUUUUCGCCCUAUAGGACGCACUUUUUCCCCUCCAAAAAUGAAGGGAAAAUGUGUGUGCGUCCUAUGGGGCGAAUGUAGGCUUUCGCUGAAGCCAGGAAAGCGAAAGGGGUCGGUGCGCACCGACACCUCUCGCUCUCCAGGCUUCAGGAGAGCCGCAGCGCCAGCCCCACAAGGUCAGGGGACAGCGGGGAGGCGGAACGCCGCCAUCCCGCUGUCUCCCGAUGUGGUUUGGAGGCUGACGGCGGGGAGACGCAUGCUUCUCCCUGCCGCCAGCCCCGCAAGCUCCGGGGACAGCUGGGAGGCGCAGCGUGUCUUCCCGCUGUCCCCGGACCUGGUCUGCAGGCGGGCGGCGGGAAGAAGAGCGCUUCUCCCCGCUGCCGGCCCCACAAGCGCCUGGGGGGAAAUAAAUUUUUUUUCUUUAUUUCCCCCCCCAAAAAACUUGGUGCGUCCUAUGGGCCGGUGCGUCCUAUGGGGCGAAAAAUACGGUACUUGGGAAUCUUUGGUGAGGGACUUUGUCAAAAGCUUUUUGAAAGUACAAAUAACGGAAUAUCCACUUGAUCACCCUUGAAGAACUCUAAAACUUUACUGAGACAGGACUUACCUUUGCAAAUACCACUUUGGCCUUGUUCUUCUAUAGUCUUUAUAAUUUUAUUUUUAAGCAUGCUUUCCACCAAUUUACCCAGCACUGAUGUUAAGCUAACCACCCUGAAGUUUCCUGAAUCCCAUUCCCAUUCUAAAACAAAUCUUCCUGCAUUCCUUACAAGGGGUACUCAUGGGCUGACUUUUUUAAAGAGCAAAAACCUUUAAAAUGCACACAUUUUACAGAAAGGCUUACAAGGUUGUCCUAAGACUGCCUCUUUAUUCCUUUUAGCAUUUUUAACAUUUUCAGCUGCUUUAAACAUGGUAAACAAAUACCUUUCAAGGGGCUUCCAGGAAGUGGCUGUUGUGCAGCCCCUCCCUGUGGAAUUGUGCUGGGGGGGGAUGGCUGCCUCCAUCUGCACAUGGGGGGGGUGUUUAAAUGUGCCUAGAGACGAAACAAGCCCCUAAUGACAAUUGUUGGUACAGUACAUAUCAUUCUGUGGUGAAAAGAAUCAGCACGUGUUUUGCACCAGAUUUGACCUUUGUGGAGAGCCUUACCUCCAGUAGUUUUUAUUUCAACAUGUUUAGAGACUCUGCAAGAUCCAUGACCACAAUGCCCAGUGUUUUCCAACUAAACGUCAGGAAGAACUUUCUGGGGGUAAGAGCUGUUUGGCAGGGGAACAGACUCCCUCGCAAGGUGGUGGCCUCUCCUUCCUUGGAGGUUUUUGAUCAGAGGUUGGAUGGCCAACUGUCAUGGAUGCUUUAGUUGAGAUUGCUGCAUUGCAUGAGGUUGGACUAGGUGAACUCUUACCGUUCUGUGAAUCUAUUUGCCAAGUGCUUCUGAACUGGCAUGGAAUCCUCCUGUCACAAGGUGUUCAUUUCUCUAAAGAGAUAUUGUCUUACUCAGCCUAAGUGGGGCUGGCAUCUGGAAGAUCCAAAUUUGCAAGCCCACACUAGUGACUUUUUAGAACUGCAUAUGAUAGAAUUCGGGACGCGGGUGGCGCUGUGGGUUAAACCACAGAGCCUAGGACUUGCCGAUCAGAAGGUCGGCGGUUCGAAUCCCUGCAACGGGUUGAGCUCCCGUUGCUCGGUCCCUGCUCCUGCCAACCUAGCAGUUCGAAAGCAUGUCAAAGUGCAAGUAGAUAAAUAGGUACCGCUCCGGCGGGAAGGUAAACGGUGUUUCCGUGCGCUGCUCUGGUUCGCCAGAAGCGGCUUAGUCAUGCUGGCCACAAGCUCCUUCAGCCAGUAAAGCAAGAUGAGCGCCGCCACCCCAGAGUCAGUCACGAAUGGACCAAAUGGUCGGGGUCCCUUUACUUUUACCUUUAUGAUAGAAUUCACUCUUGCAUUUCAUUAAGAGGCUUUCCCCCCAGUGGCUUUCAUUUCUUUUGCAUGCUAUAAAGAUGUUUGCAUGAAUGUAUUCUACUUCUCCCUUGGCUCAUAGCCGCAUGAUACUUUUCUCUUAGAUCUACAAGAUAGAACAAGAAGAAGAUCUGCUGAAGAAUGAGAUGCAGGAUGCCAAAGACCAGAAUGAGCUGCUGGAGUUCCGAAUCCUUGAACUGGAAGUAAGAGAUUCUCUGAGUUGUAAACUCACAAAUGGAGCAGAACAUGUCAUUGAACCCAAGCUGAAAUACGUAUGA